AUGACUUGGCUGGGCCUGCUGUUGCCGGCAUCGGAUUUCCUGCACUCGGGGUUGCCCAUGCCACUUCAAAGCCACAUGCACAUCGGCUCAGCUUUGCCCGCCUACGGCAUGACUGUCCCAGGCCUUCUGCUGCCAGUGCCAGACCACUUGUCUUUGGGCUCAAUGCUUCCUCCCCGCAGCCACGCACAGCUGGGCGCGCCCACGUCGCCCUAUGGCUGCCUGAGACCGGGUUUGUUUCUAUUUGUUCCGGACCAUGUGAGCUCGGGCUCGAGCCCCUCAGCACGCAGCAUGGCGCGCUCGGGCCCUUCCCCGUCCGCCUACGGCCUGGUGCGGUUGGGCCCUCCUCCCUUGGCGUUGGACCACAUGGCGAUCGGCCCCUUGUCGCUGUUGCGUGGCCUCAUGCGCCCCGGCUUUACCUCGCCGCCCUCCGGCUGCGCGCGGCCAGGCUCCUCCAUUCCAGCGUUGGAUUUCAUUCGCCCUGGCAGCCCCUCGCCAACGCGCAGCCUUGUGUGCACGGGCUCGUGCACCUCUGCCUACGGCAUGUCCUGCUUGGGCUCCCCGCCUUCAGCCUUUGACCUCAUCCAUACCGGGCCCAUGCCUUCACUGCAAAGCCUCUUCUGCUCAGGGCCGCUACUGUUGGUUUUUGGCCUGACUUGCCCGGACCCCAGCUUGCCGACACCGGACUUUAUGACCGGCGGAUCCGCCAUGCUUGUGCAAAGCCUCUGCAGGCCUGACCCGCCUUUGCUCGUUUAUGGGGUGACUCGUUUGGACUUCUUUCCGUUAACUUUGGACCUUAUGCAUUUCGACAGCGUCUCGUUGUUGCAAGGAUUCGCCUGCUUGGACUCCCCCUUGUCGGUUUACGGCCAUGUGCUCCUGGGUUCUUUGCCACCGGCCUUGGACUCCGUGAACUUGGGCCCGUCCCUGCCCACGCACAACCUCGCGCGGACCGGCGCGCCUCCGGCACUCUUCCACUCGGUGCGCUCCGAAAAGCCUCUGCCCGUCCCGGACCUCGUCCACAUCGGCGCCUCUUCGUCUCCGCGCAGCUUCGGGCGCUUCGGCUUCACGGCGCCCAUCUAUGGCCUGACGCGCCUGGGCUCGGCGCCCUCCACUCUGGACUACUGCCACUUCGGGCUGUCGGCCUCCUUGCGGGGCUUUGCGCGCUUGGGCUUGGUGCUGUCCAUGUACGGGAUGUCCCUGCCAGGGCCUUCGCCUUCGGCGCUGGACCUUGUGUCGCCUGGCUCGCCUUCGUUGCCUAGGGCAAGCUGCCGCAUCGGGCCGACGCCGCUGGCUUACGGCAUGAUGCGCCUGGACCCGCUGCCGCCAGCCGCGGACUCCGUGCGACUGGGGAGCCCGUUGCCGUUGCAGGGCUCCUGCCGAUUGGGGCUUACACCGCCCGCCUUCGGCAUGACGCGGCCCGGCUUUCUGUUGCCGGCCCCUGACCUGGUGCAGCUUGGGCUGCUGCUGUCACUGCAAAGCUUUGCUCGCAUGGGCAGCUCCAUUUCGACCUACGGCGUGAUGCGCCUGGGUUUGACCCUUUCGAUGCUGGACCACAUCUUCCUUGGACCGAUCUUGUUUAUCCAAAGCCCUGUUCGUGCGGGUCUGUCUUCGCCCGUUUCCGGCAUGACGUGCCUAGGCUCUUCGCUGCCCCCUUUGGACUCCACGCAAAUCGGGUUCUCGCCACCUUUGCAGUCCUUCAUGCAUUUGGGCCCGGGGCUGUCCGCUUUUGGGCUUACGGCUUUGGGCCUGUUUUUGCCGGCUUUGGACCACGCGAAUCUGGGGAGCAUGCCUUCCACCCGAGCCCUUGCGCGAAUGGACUUCUUUUUGCUGGCCUACGGCGUGGUUCAUCUCGGCAGCAGCUUGUCAGCGCUUGACCACCUCAGCUCGGACUCGUUCUUGCCGCUGCGGAGCCAUAUUCGCCUGGGCUCUUCGCUGUUGGUUUUUGGCAUCACCCGGCUUGGCCCGAACCCGGCGGUUAAGGACUGCUUUGUUGGGGCGAGCUCGCUGCUGGUGCGGUCUUACGCAUGGUCAGGGUCUAGCCCUUCGGUGUACGGCAUCAUGCGGCCAGGCUCCUCCAUGCCUGCACUGGACCUUGUGCACUUGGGGUUUCCCUCGCCCAUGAGGUCCUCCAUUCAUCUGGGCUUCACCCCUCCAGCGUACGGCCUAUGCCGUCCGGGCUCGUCGCUCCCGGUUUUGGACCUUCUGCACCUGGGCCUUUCGCCGCCCUUGCGCUCCCACUGGCGCCCAGGCUUCACCAUGUCCCCCUACGGUACGGCGCGGCCCGGACCUUCGCCUCCAGUGCUGGACCCUGUGAACUCAGGGCCUUUGGCGCCGGUCCGCAGCUCCGUUCGCUUUGGCAGCGUGUUGUCGGUGUAUGGCAUGGCCCGCCUGGGCUGGGGGCUUUCCACCUUGGACUUUGUGCACAUGGGCUUCAGCUCCUUGCUAAGGAGCACGGCGCGCCUGGGGUUUUCGCCGCUGGCCUAUGGGGUUGCGCAUUUGGACUUGCCUUUGCCCGUCUUGGACUCCGUGCAGUCUGACUCCUUGUCGCCUCUGCAGGGCUCCAUGCGCAUUGAGCUGCCCCUGCCGGCCUUUGGGCUGGCUUGGCCGGGAGCUUCUACGCUGAUCCUGGACUUCAUUCAUCCUGGCCCCACCCCACCUCUGCGAGCUUUUAGCUGUUUGGGCCUCACCUUGCUGGCCUAUGGCAUGUCUUGUCCAGGCUUCGCCUUGCCUGUGUUGGACUUCAUGCAUCUUGGCUCGGUGCUGCCCCUGCACAGCAUGCUCCGCUCAGGGCUUUUGAUGCCCACUUACGGCGUCACUUGUCUGGGCUCCCCGCCCUCGACGCCCGACCACUUGAACCCAGGCCUGCUGUUGCCACCGCGGUCCCACAUGCGCCCCGGCUCCUCUUUGUUGGCAUAUGGCAUGUGCCGUUCGGGGCUCGCAACGCCUGCGGUGGACUACGUGCAUUUAGGGUCCUCACCUCCUCUCCACAGCUUCUCGUGUUUCGGGCCCGCGCUCUCCGUCUACGGCAUUGUGCGCCCAGGCCUCUGCCCGUCGCCCUUGGACUUCGCCAACCUUGGAUUCAUACCGUCAACGUGCAGCCCCGUCCGCACGGAGGCUUCUCUGUCGGCCUACGGCGUGACUUGCCCGGGGCCCAGUUUGCCUUUGCUUGACCGUAUGCACGCAGAACCCACUUUGCCUCUGCAUAGCUUCCUGCACUUGGACUUGCUGUUGUCCGCUUACGGUGUCACGCGCCCGGGGUCCACCUUGCUGGCGUUGGAUUUUGUCAACAUGGGCCCGUCUUCAUUGACUCUGAGCUUUGUUCGCACGGGCGCCUUGCUGUUGGCCUACGACAGGACGCGUUUGGGCCCUUUGCUGUUGGUUCUUGACCUUGUGCACCUUGGGCUGUCGGCGCCUCUCCGUAGCACGGCGCGCUCCGGGCCUCUGUUGCCCACCUACGGGCUGUCGCGCUCGGGUUCGCCGCUUUUGGCUUUGGACUUUGUGCACACUGGGCCGGCGCCGCCGCCCCGGAGCACGAUGCCCGAGUUUCCGGCCUCCAUACUGGACUCUGUGCUGCUAGGGUCUCUGUUGCUGAUGCACAGCCUUUGCCACCUGGGGUCCCCGCUGUUGGCUUGGGGCAUCAGCAAGAUGGGCCUUUUGCUGCUGGCCUUGGACCACUCAAGCCCAGGACCCAAUCUACCCUUGCAUGGCUCCGUGCGCUUUGGGCUGCCGCCCCCAGCCUUUGGCAUGACUUGUUUGGGUUUGCCACUGCUGAUUCUGGACACUGUCACUCCGGGUGUUCCACUGUCCUUGCACUCCCUCAUCCGAACUGACCUCUCCUUGCCACUCUAUGGCAUUGCCAAGUUGGGCUCUCCUUUGCUGGCGCUGGAUCCUGUGAGCGCCGGGCCGGCCGCGUUACCGCACAGCCCUUUGCAUCUGGAGCCCACCUUGCCAGUGUUUGGCCUGACCAAGCCGGGCUUCAUGCUGUCAGCUCUGGACCCUAUCAACAUCGGAUCCUCUCUGUCAACCCGUAGUUAUUUGCAACCUGAGUCCACCUCGCCCGUCUAUGGCCUGAUGCGCCCUGGCUCCUCUAUGUCACCCUUGGACUUCAUUCACCCAGGCAGCUCGCCCUCCAUGCGCAGCUCUGUGCGGCCUGGGCUCUCACCCUUUCUCUAUGGCAUGCAGCGGCCUGGCCCCACUUUGCCGGCUUUGGACCUCUUCCACUUGGGCCCUCCCAUGCCACUCCGCUCCUACGCGCGCGCAGGCCCCAUGCUGCCGGCCUAUGGGGUGCUGCGCCUGGGCUCGUCUCUGUUGGCGUCGGACUGCUCGAACCUCGGCAGCACCACGUUUCUGCGGUCGCUCAUCCGCCUGGGCGCCCCGAUGCCCACCUACGGCAUGAACCGCCUGGACUCGUCUUUGCUCGCGCUGGACCUCUUGAACCCUGGCAGCCCAACGCCCUUGCACAGCCCUGCGCGCACUGGGCUAUCUCCACCGGCGUAUGGCAUGACUCGCCCGGACGUGCCGACGCCCACACUGGAUCUCAGCCAUUUGGGGCCCUCCUCGUUGAUGCGGGGAUCCUUGCACUUAGGACUCGCGCCUUUGGCCUUCGGCAUGUCCCGGCCGGGCCUUUCGCCUUCUGCUUUGGACUUUGUUCAGCCUGAGCCACCGCUUUCUCUUCGGAGCUCUGCCUGCUGCGGUUCUCUGUUGCUGCCAUAUGGUAUGGGCCGCCUGGGGCCGCCACCCUCGGCGCUGGACUCCGUGUUUUCGGGCUCAACACCCUUCCUGCAAGGCCACUGCCGUUUUGGGCCUUCCACGCCCAUCUAUGGCAUGAGCUGCCUGGGUCCGGCGCUUCCUGUCCCGGACUUUCUGCACCCAGGGUCCUCGCUGCCGCCUCGAAGCUUUGUUCGGGUGGGGCCCGCCACGCCAGUGUAUGGCAUGACACGGCCUGGGCCAAUUCUGCCAGCCCUGGACCAUAUCACGGCGGGCUCCUCUCUGCUGCUGCAAAUGCAUGCUUGCGCUGGGCCCUUGUUGUUGGCCUAUGGCGUGGUGCGACUUGACUUUUCCAUUUCGCCGCUGGACUUUGUGAGGUUGGGCUCCGGGCUGUCGGCGCGCAAUCCUGCCCGGAUUGGCUCUGGCCUGCCUGUCUACGGCAUGGUAUGUCUCGGCUUUUCGCCGCUUGCCACUGACUUUGUGCACACGGACCCGCCCUUGCCCUUGCGGAGCUUUGGGAGGCCGGGCUUUCCGGCACCUGUCUAUGGUUUGGUGCGUUUGGGCUCCACCAUGUCAGUACCAGACUUUGGUAGCUUUGGCCCCACCACGCCCCUGCACAGCUUUGCUCGCCCUGGCGCCUCCUUGCCCGCCUCCGGAUUGAGCCGGCCAGAGCCUUCCAUGCUUGCUCUGGAUCUCAUCCAGUUCGGCCCUCCGGCGUCGCCGCACACGCCUGUCCGCUGCGGUUCGGCCUUGUUGGUGUAUGGCAUUACGCGGUCGGGACCUAUGCUGUUGGCGUCGGACCUUCUGCACCUGGGCCCUCCUCUGCCGCCCAGGCACCCUGCCAGGCUUGGACCGUUGCCGUCGGCUUUCGGCAUGUCGCGCCUGGGCUCAUCCCCUCUGGCGCCUGACUUCGCGCACCCAGGCCCACCGCCGCUGCUGCGGAACUCCAUCCGCGCCGGCGCACCUCUGCUGGUGUAUGGCAUGACCCGGCCAGGCUCUUUGGUGUUUGCCUUGGACCCCGCCUGCAUGGCAUCCUCCGCAUUUUCGCACGGAUUCAUCAAGAUCGGCUCCACUCUCCCCACGUUCGGCUUGUCACGGCUGGGCCUUUUGCUGCUGGUGCUGGAUUUCAUCCAGUCUGGAUCCCCGAUGCUGCUGCAAGGCCCUGCGCGCUUGGACAGUGCCUUGUUGGCCUUUGGCGUGUCGAGGUUGGGCCCGGCGUUGUUCGCUCCGGAUCUUGGUUGCCUGGGGCUUUCGCCUUCUCCGCGCUCCUUUGCUCGGAUGGAAGUCUUUUUGUCCCUGUACGGCAUGGUUUGCUUGGGCCUUCCCUCGCCCAUCCUUGACCUCAUCCACCUUGGGCUUUCGCCUCCCCUGCGCGGCUCCACUUGUUCGGGCCUCACGCUGUUGGCCUACGGCAUGUCUCGGCCUGCUCCGCCCACGUCAGUGCUGGACCUUGUGACGAUUGGCUCCUUUCCGCCGCUACACACCCACGCGCAAUCAGGGCUUGCGGCGCCCAUCUACGGCAUGACACUCUUGGGCUUUCUGCCGCCGGCGCCUGACCUCACGCAGCUUGCAUUUCCGCUGCCUCCCAGGAGCCUCAUCCGACUUGGCAGCUCUAUGUCCGCCUAUGGGGUCUGCAGGAUGGGACCGCCUCUGCCGGUGCCGGACCCUGUGAACACCGGCCCCAGCUUGCUGCCCCAAGGCCUUGCUUGUAUUGGCCUCGCGCUGUUGGUGUAUGGGAUGACCAGAUCAGACCUGUUUUUGCUGGCCUCGGACUUCGCCAACAUGGGCUUGCCCUUGUUCACACGGAGUCUCUUGAGGCCUGACUUCUCGCCCUCCGCCUACGGCCUGUCGACCUUGGGCCCCUUUCCGCCCACCCUGGACCUCGUGCAUAUGGACAGCAGCCUGCCUUUCCGAUCUCACAUGCGCCCUGGCUCGGUCCCGCCAGUUUAUGGCAUGUGUCGCUUGGACGUGAGCCUUUCCGUGCUGGACCGCAUCCAUUUGGGCUUUCCGACGCCUCCCCACAACUCUGCGCGUUUGGGCUCCACUCCCUUGGCCUCUGGCAUGGCGCGCCUGGGCUCGUCGCUUUCGGUGUUGGACCACUCCAUCUCCGGCAGCCCCUCGUCUCUCCGCGGCCCUCUGCGACUGGGGCCCUUGCCGCCCGCCUACGGCAUGAACCGCCCAGGGCUGCCUCUGUCGGCUUCGGACUCCGUGCGCCCGGACAGCUCCUCGUCCUUGCGGGGCCUCUGCCGAACGGACCUGAUGACGUCCGCCUUCGGCCUGUCGCGCCUGGAGUUGCCGCUGUUGGUGCCGGACUCUUCUCACCUAGGCCCCCUGCUGCCCCCAAGGUCCAUGUUCCACGCCGGGUCCACUCUGUUAGUGUACGGCAUGGCCCGCACAGGUUUGCCGCUCUCCAUGCUGGACCUCAUCCACUUGGGCUCCCUGCUGUCGCCUCAGUCUUUUGUGCGACCUGGGCUUUCGACCUCUGUGGCUGGCCUGUCCUGGCUGGACGCCUUGCCGCUGGUGCUUGAUUCCAUCCACUUGGAGUCCACCCUCUCCCUGCGAGGCUCUGCCCAACCUGGUCCAGCCAUGCCAGCGUCCGGCAUGUCGCGGCCAGGAUUUCCCCCGCCUGCGCCGGACUCUGUCCAUUUGGGCUCAUCCUUGUUGCCUCGGUCGCCCGUGCGUUUGGAAGUGCUGGUGCUGGCCUAUGGAAUGACUCGCUUGGGCCCUUUCCUGCCAGUGCUAGACUUUGUGCACAUCGGCUUGUGCUUGUUACUGCAAACUUGGGCGCGCGCUGAGUCUUUCAUGUUCUCAUAUGGCCUGGUCUGGUUGGGGCUUCCAUCAUUUACUCUGGACCUCUUGUCAGCUGGCAGCUUGUUGUCAUUGCAAGGUCAUGCCAGGUUAGGUCUUUCGACCUCAGUGUAUGGAAUGACUGCCAUUGGCCCUCCACCGCCGGCCCUUGACUCUUCCACUUCCGGCAGCUCCACUUUGCUGAGGAGCCACCUCCAAAUCGGGCCGUUGCUGUUUGCCUAUGGCAUGCACCACCUGGAGCCGUCGCUUUCCGCCUUGGACCUCGUGAUGUCAGGUUCGCCGCCUUCCCCUAGAAGUCUCGCACGCCUGGAUUUGCCCUUGUCGGCCUUUGGCAUGGCACGGCUGGACCCUUUGACGCCGGCGCUGGACUCUAUCGCCCUUGGCCUGCCGACGCCUCUUCGGAGCUUUGCGCGUUCGGGCCCUUUGCUGCCAGCCUCCGGCCUGUCGAGCUUGGGACCUGUGCUGUUGGUGCUGGAUAUGACGAACUCCGGCAGCCUGUCGCCAAUGCGGACGUCCGUGUGUCUGGGCUCGGCUCUGUUGGUCUACGGCCUGUCUCGGUUGGGCUUGUUGCCGUCAACCCCGGACUCGGUGCACAUGGACCCCUCCACGCCCUUGCACACCUUUGCUCACCUUGGCUCCUCUCCUUUAGCCUUCGGGUGUGCACGCCCUGGCGCGCCACUUUCGGCGCUGAACCUCAUCAACACUGGCAGCCUGCCGCCCUUGCGGUCACCUGCGCGCAUGGGAAGCCCGAUGCCUGCCUAUGGCGUGUGCUGCCUGGGGCCGCCCUCGCCUAUUCUGGACUUCCUCAGUGCAGAUGCCUCGUCAUUAACCAGGAGUCCUGCUCGACUGGGACCCAGCCUGCUCACUUUCGGCAUGGUGCGGCUUGAGUUUUCCCCGCUAUUGCUGGACUCCGCAAACAUCGGCUCGUUGCUGCCAACACGGUCCCCUGUGCAUCUUGGCUUGGCAGUCUCUAUGUACGGCAUGACUUGCCUUGACUCAAUCCUGUUGUUACUGGACUCUGCGAGUCCCGGAUUUGCACUGCCACUGCAAGCCUUCGCUCGUUCGGAGGCUUUCUUGUUUGCCUAUGGCAUGUCGUGUUUGGGCCUGGCUCCUUCCACCAUGGACUUCAUUCACCUGGACCUCUCUCUCUUGCUGCGCGGCUACUUGCGGGCAGGCUUUUUGCUGUUGGUCUUUGGCAUGACACGCCCUGAAUUCCUCCUGCCAGCUCCUGACUCUGUGAGCCUCGGCUCUCCCAUGUCGCUGCAGCACCUCCUAUGCACUGACCUCUCCUUGCCAACCUAUGGCAUUUGUCGCUUGGGGUCCCCACUGCUGGUUCCAGAUUACGUUCAUCUUGGCUCCUUUGCGCCUGCGCGCGGGUUCUUGUGCAUCGGCCUUCUUCUGCCGGCCUAUGGAGUAGCGCGGCUUGGCCCGCCGACGCCCACCUCGGACUUCGUCCACUUGGGCCCGCCACCUUUGCCCCGCACUUUUACGCGCUCUGGGCCAUCACCGUCCGCCUUCGGACUGGCGCGGUUGGAGCCGCCGCUUUUGGUGCUGGACACUGGGCAUUUGGGGCCACUGCUGCUGUUGAGGUCUCCCUGCCGCACCGGACCCUUGCUGCCUCCCUAUGGCAUCAUGCGCUUGGGAGCCCCGCUGCUGCCAUUGGACCUCAUUCACGCGGGCCCCCUUCUGCCGCCGCGCACGCUCAGCCAGGCGGGCCCGCCCACUUCUGUGUUUGGCAUGGCGCGGUUGGGGCUGUCCUCCUCUGCCUUGGACUUCAUCAUGGCGGGCCCAGCGCCCUCUGCUCGGGCCUUCCAACGGCUCGGCCUCCUGCUGUCGGCCUACGGCAUCACUCGGCUCGGCAGCUCCCCGCCGCUUUUGGAUCACAUCACCACCGGUCCGACCCCUUUGCUGCGCGGCCACGCCUGCUUGGGGUCCUUCCUGCCGGCCUACGGCCUGAGCUGCGCCGGCGCACUGUUGCUGGUGUUGGACCACACCCACACUGGCGCCUUGUUGCUGACGCGGGCCCUUGUGCGCAUUGGCCCACUGGCGCCGGUUUAUGGCAUCGCCAGGCCGGGCUUGUUGCUGUCGGUUUUGGACUUGAUCUCCAUCGGCUCCUCACCUUCGCCUCGCACCUCUGCCUGCUUGGGCUUGCCGCUUUUCGCCUACGGCCUCUCGCGGAUCGGGCCUUUCCUGCCAGUGCUUGACCUCAUCCAGCUGGGCUCCUUCCUGCCGCCGCGGAGCUUCCUGCAACUCGAGCUGGUUUUGCCCGCCUACGGCCUCUCAAGGAUGGGGCCGCCCUCACCUGCGCUGGACCUUGUGCACAUUGGCCCGCCUUUGCCGACCCAAGGGCACCUCAGACUUGGCUCCACUCCUUUGGCCUUCGGCCUCUCGCGCCUGGAGCCCUCCUUUUCUGUGUUGGAUUCCAUCCACCUAGGAAGUAGCCUGUCCUUGCAAGGACACUUCCGGACAGGCCCCUUGCUGUUGCUCUAUGGCUUGGGAUGCUUGGAAAGCAUUUCGUCAACCCUGGACCUUAUCCACGCGGGCUCUUUGCCAUCGCCACGAAGCCCUGUGCACAUGGGCUCCUUCUUGCCGGCCUUUGGCAUGUCCUGUUUGGGUUCCUUGCUUUCGGCAUUGGACUGGGUGCAGUUGGGCGUGCCUUUGCCUUUGCAGACCUCCGCGUGUCUGGGCAGCACCAUUUUCGCAUACGGCCUGACCAGGAUGGGCUCCACGCUCCCGGCGCCGGACCUCGCGCAGUUCGGCUCCAGCGCUUCGCUGCGGACCUCCGUCCGCGCGGGUUUGGUGGCGCCGGUGUAUGGAACCUGCCAGCCGGGCGCUUCAACGUUGGCGCCAGACCAUAUCCAUUUGGACCCCCCGAUGUUGCUCCGCAGCUUCAUGCGCCUGGGCAGUGCGUUGUUGGCGUAUGGCCUGAUGCGGAUUGGUUUGCCGCUGCUGCCUUUGGACCACGCCCAGGCCGGCAGCUCGCUCUUGCCCAGAAGCUUCAUAAGGCCAGGACCCACCUCGUCCGCCUACGGGCUCAGCAGACUUGACUUUAGCCUGCCUAUGCUGGACUCGGCCAAUCUUGGUCCGGCGUCGUCGCUGCGGGCGUCCAUGCGGCCCGGCUCCUGCUUGUCGGUGUUCGGGCUCACCCGACCGGGCCCGAGCUCGCCGACUCUGGACUUUGUGAGCCCUGGCUUCAGCCUGCCACCCAGGAGCCACAUGCGUUUGGGCCUUUCAUUGUCCGCCUACGGCUCGGUGUGCCUGGGCUCCCUUUCGCCGGCCUCGGAUCACACCAGUUUGGGGCCCAGCAUGCCUUUGAGGAGCUUCUUGCAGAUGGGCGCGCCUCUCUUGGUGUACGGCUUGUCGAAACUGGGCCUGCCCUUGCCGGCGCUGGAUCCUGUAGACCCAGGACCCAUGCCGCUGUCGCAGGGCUUCCUUCGUUCAGGGCUGCUGCUUUUGGCUUUUGGGCUGGCACGCCUCGGCCCUUUGACGUCAGUACCAGACCUCAGCAUCUUUGGCAGCAGUUUGUUUCUGCGGAACUUUGCUUGGGUUGACCUGCUCCUGUUGGCCUACGGCCUAUGCUGCUUGGGCGCUCUUUUGCCGCCCCCUGACCCGGCCAACAUUGGGCCUGCGCCUUUUCCCCGCAGCUCUGUGCGGAUGGGCUCCUGUCUGCCGGUCUCCGGCAUGACUCGACCAGAUGCCUCGCCACCUUUGCCAGACCCUCUGCAGCUGGACUCGCCGCCGCCGUUGCGCAGCUCCAUUCAACUCGGCUCGGCCGCGGCCAUCUAUGGCAUGACACGCCUGGAGCCGUCCCUGCCCUUGCUGGACCACGCGCACUCAGGGCUUUUGUCGCCCCCCCGCAGCCCUUCGCGUCUCGGCUUCAGCCUCUCGACCUACGGCCUAAACCUACCGGGCUCGAGCCUUUCGGUGUCGGACCUUUUGCACCUUGGCCCUGCCUUGCUGUUGCGGGCUUUUGCCAGGUUCGGCCUGUCGCCCUCCGUCUAUGGCAUGUGCAAGCUCGGCUUCAUACCGUUGGUCUUGGACCACUCAAGCCUUGACUCGCCUUUGCCUUUGAAGUCCUUCCUGUGUUUGGGCCUGAUGCCUCCCGCUUAUGGCAUGACCUGCUUGGGCUCUUCGCCACUGGCGCUGGAUGUGGCUAACCUUGGCCCCAGCCUGCCCUUGCAAGGCUCUGUUUGUUUGGGGCCGUCUCUCCCUGCCUACGGCUUGUCACGGACGGGGCCGCCACUUUUGGCGCUGGACUCCAUCCAUAUCGGGUUGCCGUUAUUUGCUCGUGGCUUCGUGCGUCUCGGCCCAACGCCGCCGGCGUUUGGCCUGACGCGCCCCGGUCCAUCCUCGCCGGCGCUCGACCGCGCCACGCCAGGUAGCGCCCCUUCAGUGCGCGGGCCCGUUUGUUUGGAUGCCUCCUUGUUGUUGUAUGGCCUGACCUGGCCUGGCACAUCGUUGCCGGUCUUGGACUUCUGCAGCGUCGGCUCGUUUCCGUCGGCCAGAACUCCCAUGUGCCCUGGCUUCCCGCCUCCUGCCUUUGGCCUGUCGUGUGUAGGCUCUUCUUUGUUCGCCUUGGAUCUUGUCAGCCCGGAACUGCUGCUUUCGCCUCACAGCUUUCUUCGAACUGGGCCGGCGCCCCCAGUCUACGGGCUCACCUGCCCUGGGCUGCUGCUGCCCAUUCCGGACGUGAUGCAAACGGGCCCGCCGCUGUCAACCCGUAGCCAUGCAAGGCUGGGUCCUUCACUUUCCACCUACGGUCUCUCGCGACCAGAGGUGUUGCUGCCACUGCCGGACAUGGCGCAGCCUGGACCCGCGUCGCCCCCCCGCAGCUUUGCGAGGCUUGGGCCUGCUCCGUCGGCCUAUGGCCUGGUGCGCUCGGGGCCCUUGCCUCUGGCGUUGGAUGCCGCCCAUUCCGGGCCCACCUUGUCCUUGAGGAGCCACAUCCGUUCGGAGCUGCUGCUGCCCGCUUUUGGCAUUUCCAGCCUGGGCCCACCCUUGUUGGCGCCGGACCUUGUGCGGCUGGAGCCGAUCAUGCCACUGCAUGGGCCUUGCCGACCUGACUCUCUUUCGCCAGCUUAUGGCGUGUCUAGGCUUGAGCCCUCACCUUCAGCCCUUGACUUUGUCAGGCUGGGCUUUCUGAUGUUCCUGCAGAGCCACGUGAGGCCUGGCCCGCCAAUGCCAGCCUUCGGGCUGUGCCGGCCAGGCCCCUUGCCGCCGCUUCUUGACUCUGCUCAGCUGGGGCCAUCGCCGUCACUCAAGAGCUCCUUGCAAAUGGACUUGCCAUCGCCUGUGUAUGGCCUGGUUCGCCUUGAACUGUUGCUGCUGAUUUUGGACCUCACGCACUCUGGCAGCGCCUUGCCUCCCCAAGGCUUCAUGCGCCCUGACUCCCCUUUGCCGGCCUUUGGCUGCACCUGUCCCGGCCCCUCCUUGCCCGUCCUUGACACGAGCUGCUUCGGGCUUUCCACGUUGUCACGCACCUUCCUGCAGCCGGGCUCUCCCACGGCUGCCUUCGGCCUUGCACGCCUGGGAAGUCCGCCGCCCGCCUCGGACUCUGCCUGCCUCGACUCCUCGUCGUUGACCAGGUCCUUCAUGCGACUGGGGCCUCCGCUUUUCGCCUAUGGCGCCAGCCGCUCGGACCUGCCGCCGCCCACCUCGGACCACGUGCAGCCGGGCUUGGCCGCAUCUCUGCGGGCGCCCGCAAGGCCCGGAUUCAUGCCUUUGGCCUUUGGCAUGACGAGGCCUGGCCCCAUGCUGUUGGCCUUGGACUUCAUCAACUUCGGCUUUCCGCCCCUGGCUCGAAGUCACGUGUGCUUUGGGCUUGCCUUGCUGGUGUACGGACUUAACCGUCUGGGCUUCUUGUUGUUCGUGCUUGACCCUGUGCAUUUGGAGGCGCCGAUGCCAAUCAGGUCGUUUGCGCGUUUGGGGCCUUCUCCACCUCCUUAUGGCAUGACAUGCACCGGCUCUUUGCCGCUUUUGCUGGACUCUGCGCAUCCAGAGAGCUCCGUAUUGCUGCAAUCCUUCUGCAGGCUAGGCUCUUUGCUGCCGGCUUACGGCAUGGUGACCCCUGGCCCCCUGCCGCCUGUGGUCGACUUCGCGAACAUCGGGGCACCUUUACCGCUCCACAGCUCCGUGUGUUUCGGCCUGGCGCUCCUGAUUUACGGCUCUACCCGGCUGGACAGCACCCUGCCAACCCUGGACCCCAUGCACGCAGGCCCGCCGCCUUUGCCGCGGUCGCCCGCGCAGUUGGGGCCUGCCUUGCCGGCAUUUGGCAUGGUGCGCCUGGGAUCUUUGCUGCUUUUGCCGGACUUUGCGCAGUUUGGCCCACCCACGCCGCUGAAGAGCUCUGUGCGCCUCGGCCCCUCUUUGCCCACCUCCGGGUUCUCGAAGUCAGAGUUCUCGCCUCUGGUCUUGGACCUCGUGACAAUCGGGCCAGCCCUGUCCUUACGGUCCCUUGCAUGCUGUGGCUUCUUGUUGUCUGCAUACGGCUUGCUGCGUCUGGACUCGCCUUUGUUUCCUCUUGACUUUGCCAACCUGGGCAGCUCUCCUCCCUUGCACUCCUUCCUGCACAUGGGUUCCGCGCCUUCGGCCUACGGGCUCUCGCGCUUGGGACCUCUGCCUCCAGUUCCUGACCCGGCCCAAUUCGGCUUCGCACCUUCUUUGCACGGCUUCGCCUGCCUGGGCUUCUCCAUGUCGGCCUAUGGCAUCAGCCGUCUGGGCCCGUUUCCUUCUCUUUUGGACUCGGCCUGCACGGAGGCUUCCCCUUCCUCGCGCUCCUUCUUGCGCGCGGAGCUCUCUCCUUCGGCCUCCGGCCUGGUGCGUCUGGGGCCUCCUCUGCCGCUCUUGGACCGCGCCAGCCUGGGGCCGGGGCCGCUUCCGCGGGGAUCUCUGCGCCUGGGCUCGGCGCCCUUGGCCUACGGCGCCAGCCGCCUGGGGCCCUUCUCGCCGGUGCCGGACCUUGUGAACAUCGGACCGGCGCCCUGGCACUGGGCAUUGCUCCUGCGUGGCUUCUUGCGCACUGGCUUGGCGCCUUCCAUGUAUGGCAUUUCCCGGCCGGACGUUUUGCCUUCGGCUUUGGAUUUCGUGUCGGCGGGUUUGGCCAUGUCGUUGCAAACUUUCGCCCGCUGCGGCGCUUCGGUGCCCUCGUAUGGUCUGGCGUGCUCGGGUGCUCCGGCGCCAAUUCUGGAUUUUGCAAACACUGGACUUCCGCCCUCGACUCACACCUUCACCCGCACUGGGCCGGCCUUGUUGGUUUUCGGCAUCAGCCGCCUGGACUUUUCACUGCCGCUUUUGGACCCGGCCAGCUUGGGGCUGUUGGUGUCACCUCGUGGAUUCGCCAGAUUGGGCCUGGCCUCGUCCGCCUAUGGCGUGGUGCGGUUGGGGCUUUUGUUGCCCAUGUUGGACCCCGCCUGCGUUGGUUUGGCCAUGCCUUUGAGGUCUUCCAUGCGCCCAGGUCUGGCGCUGUCCACCUAUGGCAUCAGUCGGCUGGAGUUUUCGCUGUCGGCGCCUGAUCUUGUGCUCAUGGACAGUCUGUUGUUUGUUCGGGGCAUGGCGCGAUUCGAAGUGUUGCCGUUGGUGUAUGGCAUAUCGUGCCUGGACUCGUCGCUGCCCGUGCUGGACCUCAUACAUUUGGGCUCUUUGAUUCCCUUGAGGUCCAUGGUACAACCCGGGCCUCCUCCGCUGAUGUAUGGCAUGGGACGUCUUGGCUUCCCUCUCUUUGCCCCUGACUCUGUGCAUACCGGCUCUUUGUUGUCCAUCCAAACACCUGUGCAGCUCGACCCUGUUAUGUUUGCCUUCGGCAUGACACGCUUGGGCUUUUUACCUCCGAUUUUAGACUUCAUGCAGGUAGGCUUCAGCACGUCCUUGCACAGCUCCCUUUGGCCUGGAUCGUCGGUCUCUGUCUAUGGUGUCGCUUGGCCUGAGCUGACCCUGUCAACCUUGGACCCUGUGAACACAGAGUCCUUCUUGCCCUUGCAAGGCUUUGCUUGUCUUGGGCCGCCUUUGUCUGUGUACGGCUGUGCUCAGCCGGGCCUGCUGCCGUUAAUCUUGGACUCUAUCCACACCGGGCUGCCGCUGUUUCCGCGGAGCCAUUCUCGCAUUGACCUGGCGGCACUGGCCUAUGGAGUGGUAUGCCUGGGCUUGAUGCUGCCAGCACUUGAUCUUGUAACGACAGGUUCCGUCCUGCCUCUGCAAAGCCUUGCGCGAGCUGCUUCUACAGUUUUGGCCUUUGGGUUGGCUUGCUUCGGUCUGUUGCUGCUGGCUCUGGACAGCGAAACUUUGGGCUCCGUCCUGUCCGCACGUGGCUUCAUUCGCCCCGCCUUGUCCUUGUUGGCACUGGGCGUCUCGCGCUUUGGCCUCCUCACGCCACUGCUGGACCUUUCCCAUCUGGGCUUGGCUCUGCCAGUUCGCGACCGUGCGCGUGCCGGCGUAGCUCUGCCCGCCUUCGGCACUGGCUGCUUUGGCCUUUCGCUCUUGGCCUUGGACUUCCUGCAUUUGGGCCCUAUUUCGUCGCCCCAAAGCUUUGGCCGUGCGGGCUUUGCCAUGGUGCUCUGCGGGCAAGCGCGCUCCGGCCCGUCAGCACUCAUCCCAGACCUCCUCCACACGGACUCCCCACCCUCCAUGCGGGGCGGUUCGCAGCCGGGCUCGGCGCCCUCCGUCUCCGGGGCCUCGCGCACGGAUGCGCCGUCGCCUGCCCUGGACCUGGUAACUGCGGGCGCGCCGUCGCUGCCGUGCGGCCCAUCCACGCCCCUCUUCGACUUUGUACACUUUGGCCUGGCCUUCUCCACUCGAAGCAAGGCGGCUCCUGGCUCCUCCACCCCCAUCUUCGGCAAGAUUCUCCUGGGUUUGACCCUGCCUGUGCUGGACUUUGCCCAUUUGGACUUGAGCUUGUCUCCCAAGAGCCCCGGAAACCCUGACAGCUCAGUGUCCGUCUUCGGCUUGGCACGCUCCGAGCUGUUGGUGCCGGUGCCGGAUCUCAGCGAUUUGGGCAGCAUGAUGCCCAUGCGAAGCCUCGGCCGUGCAGACCCAGCUUCAUCCGCCUUUGGCAUGGUCCAAUGUGGUGCUCCCAUGUCCCCUUUGGCAUUUUCGCACCUUGGGCUGAUGUUGCCUCUGCACAGCAUGGCUCGGCUUGGCUCCACUUUCUUGCCCUUCGGCCUUGGUCGCUUUGGCCUCUUCAUGCCGCCCCUGGAUAUGGCGAAGUGUGGCUUUGCCAUGCCUGUACGCAGCACGGCCCACAUCGGCCCCUCUGCGCCGACGUUCGGGCUGGGCUGCUUUGAGUCCUUACCGCCGGCGCUUGACCACGCCCAGUCCGGCUCCGUUUUGUCAUCCCAAGGCUCCAGCUGUUUGGGUCUGCCACCCUCAGCCUACGGCAUGACGCGCUUGGGCCCUCCUUUGCCGCCCUUGGACUUCGCCACGCCGGGUCUGGCCUCUUCAGCCCGCAGCUCUGCUUGCCUGGACCCAGCGCUGCCGAUUUUCGGUGUGGCCAGGUCUGAGUCCUUGACGUCGACCUCUGACUUCCUGAGCACGGGCCCCACCUCCUCGCCCAGGAGCAAUGCGCGCGUGGGCUCUGUGUUGCCGGCCUCCGGGCAGGUGAGAGUUGGUGCGCCCAUGCCGGUGGCAGACAGCCAGCACAUCGGGCCAGCCGUACCCUUCCGAAGCCCUGCGAGGUAUGGCUCUACAAUGCCGGCAUCCAGCGCAGCUCGAUUUGGCCCGUGCCCACCCGCCUCAGACACGGUGAUUUUUGGUCCCUCUCCGCUGCUGCGGUCCAUGUCACAGCCUGGGUCUGUGCCGUUGCUCUUGGACUUUUCGCACCUUGGGCCAUCGUUGCCCGUCCGCGGUUUGGCUUGUUGUGGUGCUCCUCCGUCUGCUCUUUCUGCGACGCGGAUGGGACCCUUGCUUCUUGCCUUUGACUCCGUCCACUUCGGCCCGUGCUUGCUGCUGCAAGACCUCGGGCGCUCGGGUGUGCCGUUCUCUACCUUUAGCAGAGUUCGGUUUGACUUGUUCAUGUUGCCUCUGGACAGCUCCCACAUGGGGCUCACGUCUCCUGCAAGGAGCCUUGGAUGUGCUGGAGCCUCUGCGCCUCUCUUCGGCUUGACCUGGUUUGGGCUCUCCCCAUCUGCCUCCGACUGCGCUGCGCUGGCCUCCUUGAUGCCGACCCAAAGCCUCGCUCGCCUGGGGCUCUUCGUGCCAGCCUUUGGCGCGGUGGAGCUGGGCAGCCCCUUCCCCACGCUGGACUUCGCGCAUUUGGACCCGCCGCUGCUCAUGCGGUCCCUUGGCCAACCGGGCCCAGUCAUGCCACUGGAAGGCCCGGCAAGGUUGGGGCCCUCGACUCUCGUGUUGGACCUUGCCUUCCUCGGCUCCCCACCGCUGCUGAGGUCCUCCAGCACUUUGGGCAGCUCGAUGCCUGCCUUCAAGUGCGCGCGCUCCGGGCCGCCGGCGCCAGCUUCGGACUUCACCAACCCCGGCCUCUGCUUCUCCGUGCGGAGCUCCGGCGCUUUGGGCAGCACCUUGCCGGCUUUUGGCGUGGCGCGCUCUGGGCCGCCCUUUCCGCCGCUGGACUUUCUGAAGCCCGGCCCCACCACGUCCCUGCGCAGCACGGCACGCACGGGGCCCACUCCGUCCUGCGUGGGCAUGUCGCGCUUAGGAGCUCCGGCGCCGGCGCCGGACCCUGCCCACUCCGGCAGCCCGCUGCUGCUGCGAGCAUUUGCGCACUCGGAACUGCCCUUCCUUGUUUUCAGCCUGGGAAGGUUUGGGGUGUCUCUGUUGGCACCGGACUCCUUGCACCUUGGAUCCACUCCAUCCUUACGCUCCUUUGCCCACCUUGGCCCUACCCUGCCCACUUGGUCGUGUGUACGUUUGGGCUUGUCGACGCCCCUGCUUGACGUGGUGAAGACUGGCUUGUUGCUGCCUCUGCGAUCCUUCGCACGCCCGGGCCUCACCUCCUCAGUUGUGGGCAUGACCAGGCUGGGCCUCCCCACGCCAACCCCGGACCACGCGAAUCUGGGCCUAUUGCCACCUGUCCGGAGCCGCGUGCGGCUUGGUUUUGUGCUGCUGGUCCUUGACUCCUUGCACCCCGGACUGGUGCUGUUCGCGCACAGCUUUGCGCGCUGCGGGCCUUUGAUGCCUGCGGCAGGAGUCUCGCGGUUGGGUGCGUUUCCGCUGGCCUUGGACCACGUGAUGCCUGACCCACCGCCCUCCUUGCAAGCCUUUGCAUGCUCAGGUUUCGCUUUGCUGGCUCUGGACCUCCUGCGCCCUGGUCCACCCUUGCCGGUGCGAGGCUCCGCGCGAUACGGGCCGAUGCCGCCCACCUCCGGCAUGUCGCGGUUUGGCUUCACACCGCCAGCCUUGGACUCUGCGAAGCUAGGCCUCACCAUGUCGUUACACAGCUGCGCGUGCAUGGAGCCGUCGGCUUCUAUCUCCGGCUUGGCUUGCAUGGGCAGCUUUUUGCUGACCUUGGACUUUCUGCAUUUGGGAUCCCUCCUGUUUAUCAGAUCUCUUGCGUGUUUGGAUGUCUCGUUCCUAGUGUUUGGCAAGACCAUGCUGGGCUCGACUCUUCUUGUGCUUGAUCAUGUCUACAUUGACCUUUCCCUGUUUGCUCGGAGCCCUGUGUGCUUGGACUUGUUUAUGCCAACCUCAGACCUUGUGUCAGUCGGUUUGACCCCACCUGCGCGGAGCUGCGCGCAGCUCGACUCUGCCACGCCGGCCCUGGAUUCUCUGCAUCCCGGCGUUUCGCUGCCCGCGCGCAGCUCUGCGCGAUCUGGGCCUACGCUGCUGCCCCGGAGCUCUGCCUACGCAGCCUCGGCCUCCUCCGCCUUUGCUCCUCUGCGCCCUGAAUCCUCACUUCCAGCCCCGGACCGGGCGCACUUGGGGUCAAGCCCUCUGGUACACAGCCACGCACGCUCUGGCUUCAUGGCGCCAACCCUCGACCUUCUGCAUCCCGGGCCCAUGCUGGUUUUGAGAUCUACGGCGCAGUGUGGUUCGCCCUCCUUUGCGUGGGGCAGCAGCCGCUCGGGUUCCACGCCGCCUGCCUCUGACGUCUCCUUUUUGGGAUUGUGCCUCUCCCCCCGCAGUUCCGCCCGACUGGGCAGCUCCUCCCCAGUCUUUAGCCGCACGCAGCCAGGCUCUCUGCCGCCCGCCACGGACCCUACCUUCACGGGCUUCAUGCCCUCCUCGCGCAGCGUGGGAAGGUUCGGCUCCGGGUGCUCCGUGAUGAGCGCAGCGCGCUUUGACGUCCCUUCGCCCACCGUGGACUACCUGCACCUCGACUUGUCGCUGCCCUUGCGGAGCCCUGCGCAAUUCGGCCCUGCAGCGCCCACCCCAGACUUGCUCAACCCAGGCUCGCCCACGGCGUUGCGUGGCUGUGCGCACUCGGGGCCCGGAAUGCCCGUCUUAGGCCUUGCGCGCUUCGAGUUCUCCUUGUUGCUGCUGGAUGUGCUGCUAACUGGCUCCGUUGCAUUGUUGCAAAGCCUCGGCCGCAUUGGAAGUGCCGCGCUCGUCCUUGACUUUGCUCAUUCCGAGCCAGCGCUUUUGUCGCGGAGCAAGAUGCGCUUUGGCCUGUCCUGCUCAAUCUGUGGUUCGGUGAGGCCUGGCUUGUUGCUACUAGCACUUGACCUCGCAAAGCCGGAGUCGACGCUGCCUUUGCGCAGCCCUGGCCGUCUGGAAGCUGCCUUCCCAGCCUGCGGGGUGACGCGACUCAACCCGUCUCUGCCAGUUCUUGAACAUAUGCAGUUGGGAGCCCCGCCGCCCAUCAGGAGCUUCUUGCACGUCGGCCCGGCCAUGUCGGCACUGGACUUUGCGCACUUUGGCUCGGCUCCGCCCCUGAGGAGCACGGCGCACUUGGGCCCGGCCUCGCCCACUUUCAGCGUGGGGCGCGCUGGGUCGCCGCUGCUGGCUUUGGACUGCGAGAACCUGGGCCCUCCGCCAUCUUCGCGGAGCUCCGGGUGCUUGGGCUUCGCGCCUUCGCCCUGCGGCCUGGCACGCUCUGGACCGUCGCCCCCGGCGGCCGACUUCGUGGCCCUGGGCUCUGUGGUGUCUGCUCGAAGCUUCUCGCGCCUGGGCCCAGCGGCGCCGACUCCGGACCUCUUCCGGCCUGGCAGCUCCCUGCUUGCGAGGUCCCACACGCGACUGGGCUCGCCGCUCUUGGUGUCCGCCGCCACCCGGCCGGGCUCGUUGCUGCCGGUGCCGGACUCUGCGAACUUGGAGGCCUCCUUGUCGGCUCGGUCAUGCGCGCGCUCUGAAAUGCUGAUGCCGCCCUUUGACCUCUCCAGCCUUGGGCCGAUGCUACUGCUGCGUGCUGUCGGGCACUUGGGCUUGCCCUCCCCCACCUUCAGCAGAACACAUCUCGAGUCAUCCAUUUCGGUGCCCGACUUCUUGCACUUGGGGCUCACCAUGCCCAUGCGACCAUUUGGCCGAGCAGGCAGCCCAUUCUCCAUCUACAGUGCUUCACGCAUGGACUUGGCACCUUUGCCGCUGGACCACGGGCACAUGGGCUUAUCUUGCUCAAUGCGAUCUUCUGGCCGCGUCGGGCCUACCUCAUCGCCUUGUGGCAUGCUUUGCCUGGGCUCCACCUUGCCCACCCUCGACAUGGCCAAGCUCGGCCCGAUGUUGCUGCCCAGGUUCGGCCUUCCAGUGCCCACCUUGGACUAUUUGCAUUUGGGCUCCUCUUUGCCCUCAAGGUCUCUCGGCCACACCGGCUCCGCUUCCUUUGCUUUUGGCUUCAGCCGCACUGGUUCGUCCCAGUCCACCUGUGACUAUGUGACCAUGGGCCCAGCGAUGCCAAUGCAGAACUCCGCCUACCCGGGCCCGACCUCGUUGCUGUUUGGCUUGGGCUGCUCGGAGUCGAUGACUGCGGCUCCAGACAUGGCCAACCCGGGCUCAACCCCGUCGCCCCACAGCCGUGCCCGCCCGGGCUUGGCCUUCUCGGCCUGGUCCUGGACACACCUGGAUGCGCUGCUGCCGGUGCUGGGUAUGAGCGAGCCAGGCCCCACGCUUUCGCCAAGGUCUGUGGGACGCCCGGGCUCGGCCUUCCCGACCUAUGGCCGCAUAGAGCUUGGCCCUUCCCUGCUGGCGCCGGACCACACAGCCAUGGCCCCAUCCUUGUCAGCGCGAUCGGUGGCCAGCAUCGGCUUGGCCCUUUUGGUCUCCAGCGUGUCGCGCUUCGGCCCUCUGCUGCUGGUCUCUGACUACCUGGGUCUGGGCUCCAUGCCGUUUCUCCAAAGCAUGGGCCGGCCCGGUCCAGCCUCGCCUCCCUCCGGCCUGACACGCGUGGGGCCCACCCCGCCCGUCUUCGACACGGCUUAUUCGGGCUCCUUUCUGCCCACCAGAGCUGUGGCGCGGCCGGGCCUAGUGCUGUUGAUGUCCAGCUUGUGCCGCAUGGGUUCCAUGCUGUCGGCUCUUGAUGUGACCAGCUCUGGACCGGCGACGUCCCUCCAAAGCGCCGGCCUUUCUGGAAGUGCUCCGCCCGUCUUUAGCGCUGUGCGCUCCGGGCUUCUGCCGUCUGCCCUGGAUUUUGCACGCUGUGAGCUCACUCUGCCUUUGAGGAGCACGGGUCGCCCUGGGUUGGCCCUCUUGAUGUUUGGAGCGGCUUGCUUGGAGGCGCCAGCCUCGGUCUUGGACUUCUUACACCUUGGAGUUUUUCUGUUGGCCAGGAGCCUUGCUGGCACUGGCUUGCGGAUGCCAGUUUGGAGCCUGUCGAGGCUAGGCCUGCUCCCGCCGGUGACGGAUUCUGCCCACUCCGGGCCUGCGCCUUUCACCCGCAGCUUCGCAUGUUUGGGGCCUGCGCUCUUCAUCACGGGCAGAACCUUCAAAGGUGAGGAAGGGAUGCCCAUCCUGGACUUCUUGCAUCUGGGGCCGCCGUAUUCGCCCAGGUCUCAUGCUCGUUUGGGGUCUGCCAUGUUUAUUUCUGGCACCGCCACGCUGGGCCUUUCUCUGCCAGCCUUUGACCAUGGCACUUCUGGCCCUGCUCUGUUGAUCAGAUCCUCCGCGCGAUCGGGCUCAGCUUCUUUCGCAUGGGGUGUCAGUGCGUUGGACGUUCUGUUGCCCGCCUUCGACUUCUUGCAUUUGGGCCUGUCGCCCCCGAUGCACAGCAGGGGCCGUCUUGACCUUCCCUUCUUGGCCUCUGGCGCGAUGUGCCUGGGGCUCACGCUGCCGGCCCUGGAUGUGGCAGCCAUUGGGCCUGCGCCGUUUCUGAGGUCCUGUGGUCGCCUUGGUGCUGUGCCGUCACCCUCCAGCAUCGGCAGGCCUGGCCCCACUACCUCCGCCUCUGACUGCGCAGGCCUGGGGCCCUCCUCAUUCUUGCGGAGCCUUGGGCUCUCGGGCCCACUUCCGCCACUCUCCGGAGCUGUGUGUCUCGGACCGGGCCUGCCUGUGAUGGACACUGCGGAGCCCGGACCUUUGCUGCCACUGCGGUCCCCUGCUCACUUUGAGUCGCCGCUGUUUGCCUCUGCGGCCACUGAACCUGGCUUACCACUCUUUGUGCUGGACCUCACAAGUUUCGGCUCCUCGAUUUCUUCGCGCAGCUCUGGCUACACGGGGGCAGCCGCUUUGGCCAUGGAUUUCAGCCACCUGGGCCCGCCGCCAUCCCCUCACAGCGAGGGUCGCCCCGGCUUGACGCCACCCGCCUUUGCAGUCACACGCCUGGACCCCUCGCUGCUGGCGUUUGCCUUUGCAGGCUCCGGGCCGGCAUCGCCCAUUCGCAGCUGUGCGCGCCUGGGGCCGAUGUCUUUCGCGUGCGGCUGGGCGCGGAUGGGCUCCCACCCUGCAGUGCAGAGCUUUGCGAAGCUGGGCCCCCCGUUGCCGGUUUCCAGCCGCACGACGCUGGGCUCCUCGCUGUCAGCCCUGGACUCUGCCCAGUUCGGGCCACCGUUGCCACUCCGCAGCCUCGCGCGCCCAGGACCCGCAGCCUUGAUUCUGGACCUGCUGCACCCGGGGCCCACUCUGUUGGUGCAAAGCUCCGCGCGCUUGGGCUUGGCCUUUCCCAUCUCUGGCGCUCCUCGCCCUGACGCGCCGCCGCCGGUGUUUGACUCCCUGCACACGGGCCCCACCCUGCCAUCGCGAGGCCGUGGCCGCUUUGAAGCCUCCCCACCGCCCUGGGGCCGUGCGCGCUCCGGGCCACCCACGCCGGUGUUGGAUUUCCUGCAACUCGGCCCGCCGAUCCCGACCCGCGGCUCUAUGACCGGAGGCUCCUCCUUUUCCGCGCUCUCCAGGGUCAGCUCUGGCCCGUCGCUGCCGGCCUUUGACCCCGUGCACCCGGGCAGCGCCUUGUCCUUGCGGUCCCUCGCCCACCUUGGAGCUUUGGUUUCUGCCCUGGACUUUGCAAGGUUUGAGGCAGCCAUGCCGAUUCGGAGCAUGACUCACUUGGAGCUGUCACCCUUUGCUUGUGGGCGUGGAGUAUUUGACCCCUUUGUGUUGGUCUUGGACUUUUUGUACCUUGAGCCUAUGCUGCUUGUGCAGAGCCAUACUUGUUCAGACAGUGUCCUGCCCCUUAUCGCUCUUGGGCGGUUUGGCUUCUUGCCGUUCGCCUCUGAUUUCGCGACAGUUGGCUCACCUUUGCCAGCGAGAUCCCUUGCUCACCUGGGCCCGGUGAUUUCGGCGUCCAGCCUGGCGCGUUCCGAGCCUCCGGCGUUGGUCCUGGACCCUUUGCGCUCGGGUUUGUCGCCCUUGCCCCACAGCCUCACGCGCAUGGGGCCGACCCUUCCCAUGCUUUCCGGCACCCGCAUGGGCUUCUCCUCGCCGGCCCCGGACCUUCUGCGGCCAGGCAGCCUGCCGCCGGCGCGGUCAUUUGUUUGCCCAGGUUUCGCGUCGUUGGCCACGGACUCUGUGAAGACGGGCUUCGCCUUGUCCAUGCGAAGCGCAGGGCAAACGGGCGCCAGCCUGUCAGUCUUCGCCUCAAGUCGGCCUGACUCGAUGUUACCGGCCCUGGACCAUGUCAUCCUGGGCCUGCCUCUCUCUCCCCAAAGCUUUUGCUACCCUGGCCUUGAUUUGCUGGUCCUGGACCGCGCCUACCCAGGCUUUGUGUCGUCCCCUCACAGCUCUGCUCGCUUGGGUUUGGCUUUGUUGCCCUCCAGCAGCGCGCGCCUGGGGUUUCCUCUGCCUUUGUUGGACUCUGUGCAUUCGGGCCCUUUGGCUUCGGCGCGGUCCCUCAUGCGCCCCGGUCCGCCGACGCCUCUGCCGGACCACGCCCAGUCCGGCAGCUCUCCGGCGCCGCGCAGCCCCACGCGCUCGGGGCCCACCACCUCCUCGUGCGGCCUUGCACGCAUGGGACCCACGCCUUCGGCCACCGAUCUCGUGAACCUGGGCUUCUCCUCGUCCGCCCGCAGCCGCGUGCGGCUGGGCGCCGCGCCGUUGGCGCUGGACUUCCUGAACUUGGGCCCUUUGCUGCCCUUGAGGGACUCCACACGAAUGGGCCGCUCGGCAAGGGGGAAGAUGGAAGGUCCGGCAUUCUCCGCCUUCGGCCGGAGUUGGUUGGCGCCUUCCACGCCGGCCUCGGACUUUCUGCAUUUGGACUCCUCGGCCUCGAUGCGUUCCAUGUGCCGCUCGGGCUCUACGCCGCCCACGUUGGACCACAGCAGCUCCGGGCCUUCGGCCCCGCCGCGCAGCUCCUCGCGGCUGGCCUCGCCGUUGCCGGUGGUGGGCUUGGCGCGCUUUGAGCCGUCUCCGUUGCCCUUGGGGGCGCUGAAUCUGGACUUGGCGCCUUCACUUCGAAGCCUCAGCCGCCUGGGCUUGGGGCCUUCGGUGCUGGACUUCACGCGACUCGGCCUGAGCCCGUUGCUAAGGUCCACUUGCCGGUUGGAAGCCAUUCCGUUGGCGGUCAGUACGGUGCGCCUGGACUUGAUGCCUUUGGUUGCGGACUUUAUAAAUUCGGAUUUGUUGCUGUUGGUCAGGAGCUAUGUGUGGCUGGGCGUGAUGGCGCCUGUUCUGAACUACGCCCGACUUGGCCUCCCUCUGCCCUUGCGACAGCCCUUGUGUCUCGGAUCGAUGUUGCCAGCCACCGGUGAAGUGCGCCCUGGCCUUUUGACACCGGCGCUGGACCAUGCCUCGGCGCGCUUGGGUUUGCCCUUGCUGGUGUCGGAUGUGUCGCAGCCAGGGGUUUCUUUGUCGCCCCGGAGUGCCUUGUGUUUCGGCCUUAUGGCGCUGGUGACUGGCCGUGUGCGUUUGGGCUCCUUGCUUUCGGUGCCAGACAGUUGCUCAAUGAGCUCCUCGCCUUCACCCCGGCCACCCGGUCGACUUGGCUUUACUCCGCUGGUGUCGGGCAGGACGCGCUUGGAGCCCCCACCUUUGGUGACUGACCCUGCAGAAAUGGAUGCCUUCAUGCCUACCCGGCAGUUUGCGCGCUUGGGCUCCUUCCUGUCCUCGACCGGCGUCGUAUGUUGCGACCUCACGCCGCCGGCCUCGGACCUCGCCUUGUUCGGCUCCUUGCUGCCUUUGCGCAGCCCUUCCCACCUGGGCUCGGCUUUGCUAGCCUUGGACUCCCUGCGCCUUGGGCCUUCUCUGCCCCCUCGCAGCUCCACUCGCGCGGGACCUUCGUUGCCAGCCAUCUCGCGGGCGUGCUUCGGCCCCACACUGCCGGCGCUGGACCUCUUCCUCCUUGGGCCUGCGUCCUCACUUCGCAGCUUUGCGCGGCUGGACUUGCCUCUGCCAGCGCCGGACUUCGCAGUGCCGGGCUCGCUCUCGCCCUUGCAGCAGUUUGUCCGGCUGGCCCUCUCGCCUUUUGCCUUGGGCAUCGCCAGGUCUGAGCUCCCGAUGUCUGCUUCGGACUCCUUGCACCCUGGCCCCAGUUUGUCCGUGCGCCAGCCCACACGCACUGACCUGACCAUGUCCAUGACUGGCAGGGCCCAGAUGGGGCCAGCCUUGUUGGUGCUGGAUUUCGUGCAGUCUGGCAGCCCCUUGCUAUCGAGGAUGAACUUGUGUACCGGCCCAACCUUCCCCGCCACCGGCCGCGUGCAUUUUGGCUUCCCACCACCCUCAGUGGACUUCGCCUUUUUGGGUUUUCCGGCGCUACUCCAAUCGCUCGCACGCAUGGGCUCGUUGCUGGCACUGUCUGGGGCUGGGCGCUCGGCCUCGCCGCCGUUGGCCUCGGACCAUGCGCUGCCCGGGCCGCCCACGCCCUCGAGGAGCCUUGCACGGUCAGACUCCAACUCGCCGGCGUUGGACUCUGCGAGGCUCGGCAGCCCCUCGUCCUCGCGGUCCUUGGCUCGCUUCGGCAGCAUGAUGUUGCCCUUCGGCCUGGCUCGCACUGGACUCUUGGCGUCCACCCUGGAUUUGCUGCACCCGGGCUUCUUGCUUUUGCCCCAAGGCCAUGCUUGCACGGGCCCGUCCUUGCUGCUCUCCGGCCUGGCUCGCUUUGGUUUGUCCGCUUCAGCGCUGGACCUUUUAAGGCCGGGGCUCACACCUUCGGCACGGAGCACGGCAUGGUCCGGCUCCAGUCCGUCCGUUUUGGGAGCCACGCGAUUUGGAUCCUCCCUGCCAGCCUGCGACCCUUUGCGGCUGGGACCCUCUGCGUCGCUGCGUUCUAUGGCGCGGCUCAGCUUUUCAGCGUCGGUUUUGGACUUCACGCACUCCGGGCCCUUGUUGUUGUCGAGGUCCUCUGGCCGUUUUGGCGCGCCCACUUUGGCGCCGAACCCUGCGAUGCUGGGGCUUUCGCUUCCUCUGCGGGAUUUCGGACGUUCCGGCUCCACCUUGCCCGCCUUCGGCUGCGUGCGCUUGGGCUUCACGCUGCCAGCUUCGGACUGUGUUGAUCUGGGGCCCACUUCGUUGGCACACAGCACGGCGCGACCGGGCUUACCACUCUUGGCCCCGAACCACGCGCGGUUAGGCUCCAGCUCAUUGGCCCGCAGCAUGGGACGGCUUGGUUCUGCCUCCUCUGUUUGCGGCAUUGCACGAUGCGGGCCCUUGGUGCUGGUGCUGGACCCUUUGCACCUGGGCCCCUCGCUUCCAUUGCGAGGCAAGCAGUGGUCCGGCUCCGCUUUGCCGAUUCCACAGGACGUGCGCUUUGGCCUUUUGCUAUCCUUGCCGGACUUCUCCAUCUUUGGGUCAUCGCCCUCCUUGCAAAGCUUCAGUCGAGCAGGCAGCGUGCUGCUAGUGUCGGACUGCGCUCACAUGGACCCGCCCACGUUCAUGAGAAGCCGCGUUCGGCUGGGACCCACGAUGUUCACGUUUGGCAUCAGCCGCACUGGCUCCCUCCUUUUGACCUUGGACAUCGCUCAGUUUGGGAGUUUCUUGUUGCCGCAAAGCUUCGCCCACCUCGGCUUGUCAACCUUAGUGUAUGGCUUGACCUGCUUGGGCAGCUCUCUGUCAGCACUGGACUCUGUUCACAUGGACCUGUCCACCUCUCUGAGGAGCUUUGCGUGCCUCGGCUCGAUGCUGCCAGUCUAUGGUGUGUCUCUGCUUGGACCGCCCCUGCUAGUGCUUGACCUUUUGCAUCUUGACCCCAUGCUAUCGCUUCAAUCCAUUGGGAGGUCAGGCUUCACGUCGUCCGUUUGGAGCACGGCACGUUUCGGCCCUUCCACGCCCAUCCUGGAUGCUUGCUCCAUGGGCUCCACCUCCUUGCUGCGAAGCUUCGCGCGCUUGGAGCCGCCUUUGCCCGCGUAUGGCAUGUCCAAGCUGGCGCCUUUGCCGCCUGUGUUGGAUUUCGUGCACAUGGGCCCCACCUGUUUGCUGAGGAGCUUCGCGCGGCUGGGCUUGUUCUUGUUAAUGUAUGGGGUCACGCUCCUGGGAUUCUUGCUGCCUGUUCUUGACCCAUUGUUUCCGGGCUUGUCCUUGUCUUUGAGGAGCUCCGGCCGCACUGGACCUUUGUUUUCAACCUACAGCCGCUUGAGCUGUGGCUCGCCCCCGCCGGCGCCCGACUCUUUGCACCUGGGCUCUGUGUUGCCGGCGCGGUCCCUUGCAAGAUUGGAGCCCGUGCUGCCGGCCUUGGAUCACUUGCACCUGGGCCUGCCCACGUUGUUACGUAGCUGGGCGCACUGUGGCUUCGCGCUCUUGGUGUCGGACCACUUGGCGCUGGGCCCCACCUUGUUUCUACGAAGCUCCACUCGCUUGGGGUCAACCUUGCCGCCCCUCGGCACGAGUCGCUUGGAAUUGCCCUUGUCUGUGCCUGAGUGGGUGCAGCCAGAGGCCUUCCUGCCCUUGAGGUCCUUUGCCCAACUCGGCUCAGCGGCUUUUGUCCUGGACCUCUUGCGCCCUGGCUCCAUGCCGUCCUUGCGCAGCUCUACACGACUCGGGUUUAUGCCAUUGGCCUCCAGUUCGAGCCGCCCGGGUUCCACACUUUCGGCGCCGGACCACGCGCCCUUGGGCCCAACUCCGCCUCCGAGGUCCAUGAUCCAUCUGGGCCCCACCUCCUCCGCCUGCGGUGCCUCUAGGCCGGGCUUGCCGUUGCCGGCCUCGGAUGCCGCUGAGCCGGGCUUCUCCUUGUCUUUGCACAGCUUCGCGUGUUUCGGGCUCGCGGUCUUGGUGCUGGACAGCAUCUGCCUGGGCCUUUCGCCGUCUCUGCGCUCUCACUCUCACCUGGGCGUGGCGCUUUCGGCCCCGGACCUCCUCCACCUCGGGUUUUCGCCUUCGCUGCAGGCGGUGAUCAGGUCAGGCCCGUCGGCUUCAGCGUUUGGGGUCUCGCGCUUGGGGUCCUCAACGCUUUUGCUGGACCACACGCACCCAGACUCGUCCCUGCCCAUCCGAUCCUUCUGCCGUCUUGGGCUGCCCAUUUCUGUGCUGGACCAUACCAGGCUUGGGCUGCCCAUGUUGACUAGAGACCACGCCAGGCUGGAAUUGACACCUUUGGCCGUUGGCUUGAAUCGCUUUGGCUUUGUGUCCUUGCCUCCAGUGACUGACUUCGUCAAGUCGGGCCCCUUGCCAUCGGCGCGAAGCUUUGUGCACCUCGGCAGCAUGCUGCUUGUGUUGGAUUUUGUGCACUUGGGAAGCCUGGUGUCAGCCAGGAGCAUGGUUUGGCUUGGCUCGGUUUUGUUGGCUUCGGAUCUCUUGCACCUCGGCCCGCUGCUGCCUUUGCGAAGCUUCAGCCGCGUAGGUUUUGUGAUGUCAGCCCUGGACUUCUUGCGCUUGGGCUUCACACCCUCGGUGCGAUCUCUUGUGUGGCUUGGGCCCAUGCUGUCUGCCAUCGGCGCAGCAAGCCUGGGCUCCUGCAUCUUGGCCCUUGAUUGCGCUCUGAUGGGAAGCGCCCUGCUGUCGCGGAGCCCCUUGCAUUUGGGGUCCUCCACCUCUGUGCCGAACCACGCGCGCUCGGGGUCUUCCAUGCCGCUUCGCUCCUUUGCUCGCCUUGGCUUUACACUGCCUGCGGUGGGCUUGUGCCGGCCGGGCUUCCUCUUCUCGCCACCUGUGACUGACGCAACAGUGCUCGGCUCACCUUUGUCGGUAAGAAGCUUCACACGUUUGGAAUCGGCAGUGCUGGCGCCGAACUAUGCUCGCAUGGGCUUUUCGAUGCUGCCCCGAUCUUUCACCAGGUUGGAGUCAUCGCCACUGGCGACUGAAACUGUGCGGCCCGAGCCCAUGCUGCCUGUUUCGGACCUCACAGAGUUCGGCCUGCUGCUGCCUGCCCGCAGCUUUGCGCGUCCUGGGUCAUGCUUGUCAGCCCCGAACUUUGUGCACAUCGGACCCCCUUCGCCGCUGCGCAGCAUUGGCCAAGCUGACUUUACCCCACUACCUUCCAGCUGCUGCCGGCUUGGCUCGCUGAUGUCGGCGCUGUCCCACACUGCGUUGGGCUCUUCUCUGUCGCUCCGCAGCACGCUGCGCCUGGGGCCCACGAUGCCAGUGCCGGACCAUGCCCGCUCCGGGUCUCCCAUGCCGCCGCAGCAGCUCUUGCGCUUAGGGCCCAUGCUGCUGGUCACCGGCUGCACACGCUCUGACAGCAUGCCGUCAGCGCUGGACCCUUUGCAUCUCGGCCUGUUGCCGCUGGUCAGGUCUGUGUGCCGCCUUGGGUUUGCGCCGCCUGCCUCGGACUCCUUGCGUUUGGGCUUCACCCUUUCACCUCGCAGCCACUUGCAGCUGGGGCCCACCUUAUUGCCAGUUGGGCGGACCCAUCUGGAUGCAAGCCUGUCUCUGCUGGACCUUGUGAACUUGGGUCUUUUGCUGCCACCUCAAAGCGUGGCCCGCGCAGAAGCUGCCAUGCCAGUCUUGGACUUCCUGCACUCAGGGCCAACUCUGUCCCUGCGCAGCUUCAUUUGUCCUGAAUUAUCCAUGGCCGCCUUUUCAUCCGUGCGCCUUGGCUUGCCGCUUCUAGUCCUUGACUUCCUCCACCUGGACUUUUCGAUGUUGCCCCGUGGCCUUGCGCGCUUAGCCUCCUUUGUGUCCGCCUUGGAUGCAGCGAUGCCCGGCCCACUUCUGCUCCUGCGUAGCUCCAGCCGCCCUGACUCGGCGGCACCUGCUUCGGACCUUUUGCGCCCUGAAGCGUCGCCUUCCUCGCGCACGUUUGGGUGGUUUGGGCCUAUGGUGCCACCCUGCGGGCGCACACGUCUGGGCCUGUUCCUGUUUGCCCUAGACUUCUUGCAUCUGGGUUUUCUGCUGCCGGCUAGGAGCCUUACUUAUCCUGGCCUCAGCCCUUUGGUCCUGGACCACACGCGGCUUGGGCCGUUUCUGUCGCCCCACAGCUCUUGCCGCCUGGGCUCCAUGCCUUUGGCGGCCGGCCUGACUCGUUUGGGGUUGGUGUUCUCGCCGCCUGUGAUCGAAUCCACUCACCUGGGACCCUCGUUACUGGCGCGCAGCCUCGCACGACUCGGCCCAGCCCCGUCGGUGCCGGACUUCCUCCACUUGGACUCCACGCCACCCUCGCGCAGCACUGUGCAGGUCGGGCCUUCGCCGCUUCUCUCCGGGCUCAGCCGCUUGGGAUCAAUGCUUCCGGCGCCUGACCGCGUGCAGCCUGGACCGUUUUCGUCCCUGCAAGGCGCCCUUUGCUCAGGGUCGUGUUCGCUGGUCCUGGAUUUUCUGCACCUGGGCUCCCCGUCGCCUGCGCGUUCUUUUGCAUGUCUCGGCUCCAUGGUGUCUCCCAUGGGCAGGUUGCGCUUGGGGCCGACGCUUCCAGUGCCGGACGCCGCCCACCCUGGAUCUUUGCUGCCUUUGCACAGCCCGGUGCGCUUUGGCCCGGCGGCCUUGGCGUUGGACCACCUGCGGCUUGGCUCCCCAGUUUUGCUCCGCAGCCCCUCCCGCCUGGGGCCCACGCCUUUGGUCUUCGGCCGGACCCGCCUGGGCCUGACGCCCUCUGCCUCGGAUUUCGUGGCGCUAGGUAGCUCGCCGCCUUUGCGGGGCUCAAGCCGCUCAGGCUCGGCGGUGCUGACUCUGGACCUCUUGCACCCAGGCCUGCCGCUGUCCGCCAGGACCCCUGCAUGUGCCGGCCCAGCCUCACUGCCUCUCAGCGCAACCAGGCCGGGGUCCAUGCUACUGCUGCUGGACAUGGUGAACAUGGGCUCCAGCUUGUUGCUCCAAUCCUUCAUGCGCUUGGGGCCCACAGUGUCAGCCUUGGACCAUUUGCACCUGGGCCUCUUCAUUUCAGCCAGGUCGUUUGCUCACGUCGGGCCGGUUCUGUUGGUGCUGGACUCCUUACAUCCCGGGUUCAUGCUUCUGCUGCGGAGCUCCUGCCAACUGGGCAGCACCUCCCCACUGGUCGGGAGAGUCCGCUCUGGCCUGCCUUUGCCGGUGACGGACCACUUGCGCCCAGACUCGCCCAUGCCCGUCCGAAACCACUUUCGCUCGGAGGCGGCAAUGCCUGUGCCGAGCAACGUGAAGUUUGGCCCCAUGCCACCUCUGCUAGAUGGCAUCCAACUAGGCUUCCCCCUGCUGCCGCGCAGCUUUUCUCGCCCGGGUCCGGCGGCGCCCGCUCUGGACCUUGCGGUCUUUGGCUCCUUUCCGUUGCUGCGGCAACCUGCCAGGCCUAGCCCUCCGCCGUCGCCCAUCAAGAUGUCUCGCCUCGGCCCACCGCUGCUGGCGCCUGACUGGGCGCUGCUGGGCUCGCCCACUUCCGCGCACAGCCCCGUUCACGCUGGGCCUUUGUUGCCGGCGCUGGACACCGCGCACCCUGGCAGUUUGCUGCCAGCCAGGUCUCACAUGCGCUUGGGCUCGCCAAUAUCGAUUUCGGACUUCCUGAAACCCGGGCCUUCGCUUUUGGCGCACAGCCAUGCAUGCCCGGGCUCCGUACUGCUGGUCAUGGGCUUGAACUGCUUUGGCCCUGUGUUCCCACUGCCUGUCACCGAUUAUACGUUCCUGGGCCCUUCACCCCCUGCUCGCAGCAUGGUGCGGGCGGGACCCUCAAUGCUGGUCCUGGACUUCCUGCAGCCAGGGCCUUCCAUUCCACUGAGGUCUUCCAGCCGCUUGGACCCAGCAGCUCCAGUUCUGGACUCUUUGUAUUUGGGCUUGCCGAUCUCUGUGCGAAGCCUUGCGCACACCGGGCCAGCGUCCUUGGUGCUCCACAGAGCCCACCUGGGAUCGCCCCUCUUGGUGCCCGACCUCACGCAUCCCGAGCCGUCUCCUUUGGCGCGCAGCUGCCUGCGGCCUGGGCCGUUGUCGUCGGCGCUGGACUUCCUGAGCCCUGGCCCCAGCCCAUCCAUCCGGCAACUUGCGCGCUGUGGGCCCAUGCUGUUGACCUGCGGCAUGACCUGCCUGGAACUGAGCUUGUUGAUCUCGGACAGCGUGCUUUCGGGCCCGACGUUGCCAGCCAGGUCUGUGGCAAGGCCGGACAGUUCCCUGCCGGUUUUGGACCUCCUGCGCUUGGGCUUGCUGCUGUUGUUGAGGCAGCCUGCCAGGUUGGAUGCGCCCAUGUUAACCCUGGGCAUGAGUCGGCCUGGCUCUUUCCUGUCCAUCCUGGAUGUGGCAGAGACCGGCUUUUUGUUGCUGUUGAGGAGCUUUGCCCGGCUGGGGGCUACUAUGCCCACCGUGGACUUCACACACUUGGGCCCUAUGAUGCCUCCUCGCAGCCUUGCGCUACUGGACGUUUCUUUGUCCGCGUUGGACUAUCUGCAUUUGGGGUCCUCGCUCUCGGCGAGGUCCCAUGUGCAGUUGGGUCUGCCACUGUUUGCGCCCGACCACUUGCACUUGGGGCCCUUGAUUUCCACCAGGAGCCACUCGUGGUGUGGGCCUGCGCCUUUGGCCCUGGACUUCUUGCACCCAGACCUGACCCCCUCCCUCAGAAGCUCCGUGUGCUGCGGGUCGAUGACGUCGACUGUGGACUAUGGACGCUCCAGCUUUUCCAUGCCUCUGCACAGCUUCCAGAGAGUUGACCCUGCCUUGCCCACCUGUGGAAGGACAAGCCCAGGACCCAGCCUACCUCCACUAGACCGUGUCAACCCGGGCUUCUUUUUGUCACCUCGGAGCGCGGCGUGGCUGGGACCCACCUUGCCAGCCCCGGAUCUCCUGAAGUCGGGACCCACCACGUCCCCUCGAAACUUCUUCCGCGCGGAAUUGGCGGCCUUAUUGUCCGGCUUCGUUUGUUUGGGGCCGCCGCUGCCGGUGUCGGAACGCGCACACCUGGGCUUCUCCUUGCUGCUGAGGAGCCUUGCCCGAGCCGGCCCCGCGGCUUUGGCCUUGGACCUCCUGCGCCCCGACUCCACCACCCCCGCCCGCGCCUUCACGCGACUCGGCUUUAGCUCCCCAGCCUUCGACUCGGCGCGCCUGGGCUCCACGCCCUUGAUCUCGGACAGCGUCUUCUUGGGCGCGCCGCUGCCCGCUCGCAGCUUGGCGCGCUUGGGCCCGGCGGCGUCGGCGCCGGACUUCCUGCGCUUGGGCUCCAGCCCGCUGGUGCGCUCCCUCGCUCGCUCUGGUCCGGCGGCACUAGUGUUGGACUUCCUCCACUUGGACUCCACCGCACCCAUGCGAUCUUCCACACGCGUAGGCAGCACCUUGUCGCCCUCCAGCAAAAGCCGCCCGGAAGCUCUGCUGUUAGUGCUGGACCCCGUCACUCCUGGCCCUUCCACUUCUUUGCACAGUAUGGCUCAGCCAGACUCAUGCGCCUCAGUUCUGGAUCACGCCCACUCUGCUUCAUCCAUGUCUCUGCAAAGCCAUUCUCGUUUGGGCUUGGCGGUGCCAGUGCCAGACUCCUUGCACUUGGGCUUGCUCCCGUCACUCCGCAGCCACGCGCAGCCCGGCAGCCCCUUUUUGGCCCUCGGAGUGAUUUGCUCGGACAGCAGCUUGCCAGUGCUGGACCACACCUUCCUGGGGUCUUUGCUGCCCGCCAGGAGUUCUUGUCACCUGGAGGUGCUGCUGUUGAUUCCGGACCCUUUGCACUUGGGCCUCCCCUUGUUGCCUCGGAGCCUCCAGCGUCUGGGAUCCUCGUCCCCAGUGCUGCAAGCCGCACGCUUGGGCUCCAUGCUGCUGGUGCCGGACUUUGUGCACCUUGGCCUGCCCCUGCCUGCUCGCAGCCGCGUGCGCUUGGGCUCGGCCGUGCUGGCCUCAGACUCCUUGCACCUGGGCCCCAGUUUGCCGGCUCGCAGCCCCGCAAGUUUCGGCCUCACGCCGCCUUUGCGCAUGUUCUCCCACUCCGGUAGCUGCUCUUUGCUGUGCGGCAUCUCUUGCGUCGAGCCCAGCUUGUCGGUCUUGGACAACGUCUGGCCAGGCUUUCCUCUGCUGCUACGCAGCCCUGCUCGCCCAGGUUUGGCAGUGUCCGUGCUGGACCUCUUGCGCUUGGGCUUGUUCAUGCCGAUCAGAAACCUCGCAAGGGUCGGCCCCAGCUCCUCCGUGCUGGGAGUUUCGCGCCUCGGGCCGCCCUCCUCUCUGCUGGACCCCACAGACCCAGGCCCCUCGCCAUUUGCCCGCAGCUGCGCACGGCUGGACCUGGCUUCGUCGGCACUGGACUCUUUGCAUCCAGAACUCUUGCUGUCAGCCCGAUCUUUGGGCCGCUGUGGCCCAACUCCGUCUGUCUGCGGCUUGAGUCGCAUGGGCUCCAUGUCGUCGCCCUCAGACCAUGUGCUCUUUGGGCCUCCGCCGCCUGUCCGCAGCUGCGUGCGCUCAGAACUGGCGCUGCCAAUUCCGGACCUUCUGCAUCCAGAGCCUACCUUGCCCUUGCAGUCGAUGGCACGCACGGGCUCUUUCACGCCCACGUCCGGUAAGAUGUGCCCUGGCUUGCCGCUGUCUGCCUCGGACUUUGUGCAUCCUGGCCCGGCACUUCCUGCGCGGAGCCUCGCCAGUUCUGAGCCGCCGAUGCUGCCGAGGAGCCUCGCGAGGUCUGGCCCGUGCUCCUUGCCCUUGGGCUUGUGCCGCAUGGACAGCUCCUUGCUGGUCCUGGAGCACGCGUUCUCGGGGCCACUGAUGUUGGUCCGCAGCCCCGCGUGCAUUGGAUUUCUGAUGCCUGCCAUGGACUUCCUACACUUGGGAUCCACCUCGCCUGCUCGAAGCAUGGCGCAACUGGGCUCAACCUUGCCGGCCUCCGGCUUGGGCAGGUGCGGCUCAUCUCCCUUGACCCUGGACCUUGUGCAGCCGGGCAGCCCGCCGCUUCCCCGCAGCCGCGCUCGUCUGGGCUUGGCCAUGUCUGUUUUGGACUUCCUGCACUCAGACAGCUCCCUGUCACUCCACAGCCCCGCGCGUGCCGACUCGUGCUCGUCGGUCUCCGGUGGCGUGCGACCAGGAUCCUCAUUGCCAGCGCUGGACCACAGCCUCUCUGGCAGCUCGUCUUCCUUAAGGGGCUUCAUGCAGCCAGGCUUCUUCUUUUUGGCCUCCGGCAUCUCGUGCACGGGAUUUCCCUUGUUGGCUUCGGACCUCGUGCACUUUGGCUCGCUGCUGUUCACCCGCAGCCGCGUUCGGUCAGGCCCGGCCCUGUCAGUCCUGGACCUUCUGCAUCUUGGCCCUCCCUCGCCAGCGCGAAGCUUUGCCAACUCUGGCCCAGCACCUUCACCUCACAAGUUCACAUGUCUCGGCCCCGCCUUCCCAGCUUGCGGCGUGACCUGCCCCGAGCCCUCACCGUCUGUGCCAGACCACGCAAACUUGGGCUUCCCGGCGCUGGCGCGGUCUGCGGUGCGUCUUGGAUCAGUCACGCUGGUGCUUGACCCCUUGCACCCAGACCUCAUGCCGCCCAUCCGCAGCUUUGCGCGCAUGGGCGCGGCACCGUCGCCCUUCGGCAUCGGUUGUAUGGAGUCGUUGCUGCCCGCCCUGGACCACGUGCAUCUUGAGUCCCCCCUGCUCACCCGCAGCUGCGUGCGCUUGGAGUUAAAUCCACCAGUGCUGGACUUCUUGCAUCUGGACCUGUCCUUGCUGCCCCGUAGCCUCAGCUGGUCGGGCUCGGCCUUCCUAGCCUCCGGGACUGCCAGAUGCGGCUCGCCAUUGUCUGUGCUGGAGUACGUGAUGUCUGGGCCACCUUCGCCUUUGCGGUCCGUGGCUUGCUUGGGCCCCAGCACGUCAGUAAUGGACUUCUUGCACCUCGGCCCCACCCCGCCAUCGCGGCAACACUUCCGACCCGGCGCAUCCAUGCCGGCCUGCGGCAUCACCCGCUGCGGUCCCACACCAUCUUUGCCGGACUUUGCCCUCAUGGGCUCAUCUUUGUCGGCCCGCAGCACGGUGCGCCUGGGCCUUGCGCCACUGGCUCCGGACUCUUUGCAUCCAGGGCCCCCCUUGCCUCUGCACAGCUCUGGGUGCACUGGGCCAGCUCCGCCUACCUUCCAGCGAGUGCGGCUCGGCCUACUGUCUCCGAUUCCGGACUUCUCCCACCUGGGCUCCGCCACGUCUUUGCAGAGCUUCGCGCAAACGGAGUCAGCCACGCUGCCGUCCGGCAUAGGCCGCAUGGAACCGCCCACGUCUGCCUCAGACCACGUGCUGCCUGGCCUGCCGCUGUCGCUCCGAAGCCGUGCCUGCGCUGGCUCCGCAGCGCCGGUGCUGGACUCCCUUCACUUGGAGCCCAUGCCAUUCCCCAGGAGCUCUGCACGCUGCGGCCUGGCCGCGCUUACACCUGACCUCUUGCACCUUGGCCCAACUCUGCCCGCCCGCACACCGUUUGUGACGGACUUCCUGCACUUGGGCUUCACUCUGCCGCCACACAGCUUUGGUCACUUUGGCAGCGCCAUGUUGCUUUCCGGGGUGAGCCGACCUGAAAGCCUUGUACCGGUCCUUGACCUCGCCAUACCCGGCUCCGCGCUGUUUCUGCGCUCUGCCGCGCGCGUCGGCUCCUUGAUGUCGGUCUUGGACUUUCUGACUCUGGGCUUCACGCUGUUUUUGAGGUCCAUGGGGCGCCUGGGCCCUUCGCCGCCCGCGACAGCCGCUGCCAACACGGGCUUUCCAAUGCCGGUGCUGGACUCCGUGCAGCUGGAGCCCUUGUUGUCCCCGAGGAGCAUGGCACAACUGGGCCCCGCGACCUUGGCGCUGGACCCCCUCCGCCCCGGAAGCACGCCCCUCGUGCGAAGCUCCGCGCGUCCUGGGCCCGCGAUCCCUUUAUUCCAAUGCGCCCGCUCCGGGUCUGGCGUGCCAGUGAUGGAUUGCACGUACUUCGGGCCGAUGACGUUUCUGCGCAGCACGGGCAGGGUGGGCUCUUGCCUGUCCACCUUCAGCAGGACAGCCCUGGAAGCGUCUUCGCCUCUGCUUGAUCAUGCGCAUCCAGAGCCUUUUUCGCUGAUGCGCAGUCCCGCCCGACUCAGCUCAGCAGUGUCGGCCUCAGACUUCUUGCACCCGGGCCUCAUACUGCCCAUUCGCAGCCGUGCGCGCGCAGACUCUGCGGCUCCCGUGCCUGACCUUCUGCAUUUGGGCCCUCCACCACCCCCGAGGAGCUUCGCUCGAGCUGGCCUUGCUGCAUUUGCCCCGGACUCUGUGGCCAUGGACCCAGCCGUGCUGUUGCGAUCUUCCUUCCGCCUUGGCAGCCCCAUGCCCAUCCUGGACCCUUUGCAGCCGGGCUUUACCCCUCUGUUGCACAGCAUGGCAUGCUUCGACUCCGCUUUGUCCAUCUUCCAUUCAGUGCGUAUGGGCCUGUUGAUGCCCACCAUGGACCUUGCAGUCCUCGGCUUCGCGCUUUCUUUCCGCAGCCUUGCACACCCCGAGUUGGCAGCGCCGGCCCCGGACCUCUUGCAUUUGGGCUCCAACUCGCCUUUGCGCGGCUCCGUGCGUUCGGGCUCGGCCUCUUUCGCCUCCAGCUGCUUCCGCGCGGGGCCGUUGUCGCCGGUCUUGGACGCAACGUUCCUGGGCAGCCCUCCGCCCUCGCGGAGCUCCGGACACCUGGGCCUUGCGGCCCCGGCCUUGGACUUUCUGCAUUCGGGGCUCUCGGCGUUGAUUCGCUCCAUGGCGCGCACGGGAUCCGCGCCGCCCAUUCUGGACCCCGUGGAGAUCAGCCCGGCGAUGCCGCCGCGCAGACCCGCGGCGCCCGCCACGGACCUCGUGCACUCCGGGCCUGUGCCGCCCACCCGGAGCCGGGCCGCCAGCGAAGAUUCGUGGACGCCGCCGGGAAAGAAGCCUCCCACCCGCCCCGCACGAACGGGUCUGCCGGCCUCCGCUCUGGACCAUGCGGGCAUCCUCAGAGGGAAGCAAGAGUACUACGAGAAGGAUGAUGAUGAUGAUGAUGGUGGCCUGGACAAGUUGGUAGGGUCCAGCUACCCCUCCGAGUCGUAUCGAUACCGACCGCGUGACCGUGUGACCGCGUGCACGGCCCAGACCCCGGACCUCGGGAACUUCGCGCCGUGCGGGGUCCAAGCGCUGGGAGCUGGAGGGCCCACGUCUUUGCGGAGCCACGUGCAGUGUGGUUCGGCGCCCUCCGCCUUGGACUUCUUGCACUCGGGCAGCCCGCUGCCGCCCAGGAGCAUGGCGCGCACUGGCCUGCCCAUGUCGCCCUCCAGCAGUGCGCAGUUUGGCCCUACCUCGCCCGGAGGCACAAGACUGGAUCCCGACUGGGGCCAACGGGGCCAAAAAGAGGAGUUGGACUCGGGCGUGCACUUCGUAGGUGGGAGGUUGGCUCUGGACUCUGUAACCUGCGGAUCGACCCUUCUGGUGCGCAGCUGCUUGCGGCCAGGCAGCGCUUUGUCCAUCAUGGACUUCCUGAGAUCGGGUUCUUCCAUGCCCACUCGCUCAAUCGUCCGCCUGGGUUCGUCGCUCUUCGCCUCCAGUCGCACCGCGUGUGGCGCUUCGACGCCGACCUCGGACUUUGUGUAUUCGGGUCUUCCGCCGUCCCCCCACAGCUUCGCACGGCCUGGCCCUCCGGCGUUUGUGCCGGACCAUCUCCGCUUGGGGUCGACGACUUCCAUGAGGUCCUCCGCCCGCCUUGGGGCAGCUGUGCCGGCGCUGGACUUUGCACACAUGGGCUCCGCCCUUUUGAUGCGGUCCCAUGCCCGCACGGGAUCUCUGGCGCUGGCCACAGACACGGUGCACACUGGAUCGCCCCUGCUGCCUCGCAGCCUUGCACGCACAGACCCCUUCAUGCUCUUGUUGGACUUUGCGCAUAUGGACCUGCCCUUGCCGACCCGAAGUGUGGUGCGUCUGGGCCCCUCCUCAUUGUCACCGGACUCUGCGCAUUCUGGACCCUUGCUGUUGACCCGGAGCUUCUCUCGGCUGGGCCCGGCCGCGCCAAUCUUGGACCACCUGCGACUGGGGCUUUCCACCCCACCGCGCAGCCUCGGGCGCCUGGGCCUGCCUUCCUUGACCUCCGGCCUGGCGCGGUGUGGGUUUUCGAUGCUGGCGCCAGACAUGGUGGCUUUGGGCUCCACGCCUCCGCCCCACAGCUGCGCCCGUCUGGGCUCCACCACCUCCAUCUUGGACUUCGCCGAGACAGGGCCGCCCUUGCUUUUGCAGUCCCUGGGGCGCACGGGCUCUUUCAUGCCCGCGUGCGGGUUGGCGCGCUUGGGAUCCACUCCGUCAGUUUUGGACUACGCCUGUUUCGGGCUGGUGCUGCCAGUGAGGAGUGCGGCAAGGACGGGCUUCGCAGCGCCUGCGCUGGACUUCUUGCACCUUGGCUCCCUGGUGUCCUUGCAAUCUUUUGCUUGCAUGGGUUCGGUGAUGCCCUUGCUUGGGAUGGGAAAGACGGAGGCCUCCCUGUCGGCCCUGGACUUUGUGCAUUUGGGUUCGCCCAUGUCUCUGCACAGCUUGGCGCGAAUGGGACCUGCCGUGCCGGCACUGGACCUCCUGCAUUCAGGCUCCUCCUUGCCAGCCCGGUGCUGCGCGUGCAUUGGCCCCACGUCUCCGGCCUACGCCACGGCCCGCUACGGCCUUACUCCGUCUGCCCGCAGCUCUGCGACUUUGGGCCCGUCGUCCUUGCCCUUCGCCGCCGCGCGCUUGGGCUUCUCACCCUCUGCGCCGGACCACGCGCUCUUCGAGCCGUCCCUCGUGCAACUCGGGUCUUCCACGCCCAUGCCUGGCAUAGCCCGCACCGGAUCUGUAUCCUCCCUGUCGGUCACCGAGAAGUGCGUGCUCGGCCCGGCGGGCAGCUUCCUGCCUGCCUUCGGAUUGAGCUGGAUGGGCCUGCUGGCUCCAUUGUCGGAUUUCGCCAUUCUGGGGUUGCCAACCUCGCCCCGCAGCAUUGCUCGCCUGGGGCUGCCGACCCCUGUGCUGGACCUUCUGCAUUCAGGGCUCACGCUGUUGCCGCAGUCUCCCGGGCGCAUAGACUUUGCAUUGCCCGCUUUCGGCCUUGGCCGCUGUGGCGCCUUCAUGCCAACCCUGGACCUUGUCCUCACGGAAUCGGCGUUGCUGCUCCACAACCUGGCGGCUCCUGCCUCCGGCAUGGUGCGCUGCGGCCUCCCCCUGCCCACCUUGGACGCGGUGCAUUCCGACGCCUUCCCGGCCUUGAGGAGCCUCGCUCACCUGAGCGCGCCUGUGCCAGUGUCGGACUUUGCACACCUGGGGCCCGCAUCUUUGGCGAUGGGCGUGUCGCGGUCCGAAUCCCUGCUGCCUGCGCCGGACCAUGUCAUCUGCGGGUCUUCCUUGCUGGCGCGGAGCCUUGCACGCCUGGGGCCUUCCCUGUCGACCUUGGACUUCCUGAAGUCGGGCGCUUCACCCUCAAUGCGGUCGCACACACGCCCCGGCUCGUCAUCUCUCAUGUUUGGCCUGUCCAGGGCGGGCUUGGUGUCCUCUCUGCCUGUCACUAGCAGCGUGUUCCUGGGACCACCGCCCUCAGCACGCAGCACGGCGAGGCCCGGACCGGCUUUGCCGGCGUCGGACUCUUUGCACAUGGGCUCCUUUCUGUUUGCUCGCAGCCUUGGGCACACUGACCUGGCAGCGUCAGUUCCUGACUCCUUGCACCCAGGCUCGCCCAUCUCCAUGCACAGCUUUGGAAGGCCAGGCCUGUCGCUCCUCGCGCCGAACUUUGCGCACGCGGAAGCCUUGGCUCUGUUGCGCAGCAUGUCUCGGCCAGAGCCCAGCCCGUCAGCCUUGGACUUCCUGACCUUGGGGCCGUUGAUGCCGCUGAAGGUUUCCGCAUGUCUUGGCUCGCUUCUGUCAGUGAUGAGCAUGUCCUGUGUCGGCUUGUCUUUGCUGGCACCUGACCUUGUUUCCUUGGGCCCGUCCCUCUCAGCGCGGAGCCCGGUUCGCCUCGGAUUUGCCAUGCUCGCCCUGGACUCUUUGCAUUUGGGGCCGCCGCUAUCCCUGCACAGCUCUGCGCGAUUUGGCCUCGCCACGUCUGCGCCAACAGUUGCCCGUCCUGGGCCUCCACCUUCGGUCCUGGACUUUGUGCAUUUCGGCCCCUCCCUCUCUCCUCGCAGCACGGCACGUUUGGGCUUCUCGACGUCCGCUUUGGACUAUUUGCACCUCGACCUGCCCACCUCCCCCCGCAGCUUCUGGCGCACGGGCGCUUCCUCCUCCGUUCUAUGCGGCGCUCGCCUGGGCUCCACGCUGCCUCCUUCGGACCACGCGCUGCCGGGGUUUUCAGCGUCGCCCAAGAGCACGGCGCGCAUGGGCUCCGCGGCUUUGAUUCUGGACCUCCUGCACCUGGGCCCUUUGCCGCCUGCACGGAGCACGGCAAGGACGGGCGCGUCGUUCUUCGCCUUCGGCAUGAACCGCUUCGAGCUGACGCCCUCCGCCCGCAGCUCCGGCGUGUUGGGCUCCGCGUCGCCGGCCUGCGGCGCCUCGGACGGGGCUCCACGUAGCGAAGGGGCGCCGAAGUUGGGUGGUUUGGCACGCCUUGGCUUGAGCCUGUCGGUCCUGGAUCACGGGAAGGUGGGUCCGAGCCUAUCUUCACGCAGCCCCGUUUGCUUGGGCUCUGCCACGCCUGUGUUGGACUCUUUGCACCUGGGUUUCUCGGCGUUUCUGCGGUCCUCCGGCCGCACGGGAUUCGCUUUCUUGGCCUUUGGCCAAUCGCGGACGGAUGCUUCCAUGUCAGCCCUGGACUCUGUGCAAUGUGGCUCGUCGCCUUCUUUGCGCUCCCUCGCGCACGCGGGCCCAGCGGUUUUGGUGCCGGACUCCUUGCACCUGGGCUCUUCCAUUUCGCUCAGGUCCUCUGCGCGGUUCGGCCUUCCGGCGCUGACCCUUGACUCCUUGCACUUGGGGCCGUCGGCCUCUCUCCGGAGUUCCGCGCGCAGCGGCUCCGCGUCCUUUUGCUUGGGUGUGGCUCGCACGGGCGCGCCGCCGUCCGUGCUGGACCCUGUGCUCUUCGGCAGCCUGCUGUCCCCACGCUCCUCUGCUCGCACUGGGCCCUCCACGCCCGCCUUCGACUUCCUGCAUCCCGGCCCCCCCUUUCCACCGAGGUCGCACUGCCGGCCGGGCCUGCCCGCUCCUGCUUGGGGCUUGGGACGCACGGGGUUGCCGCCCCCAGUCCUGGAUCUCACCCACUCCGGCAGCGCUUUGUCCGUGCGCCAGCUCGGCCGACUUGGCUCCGCCCCUUUGCCCUGCGGCAUGUCCCGCAUCGGCUCCAGUCUAUUUGUGCCGGACCACACGAUGAUGGGCCCUGCAGCGUCGCCCCACAGCUCCUCCCGCACGGGGCUCGCGCCCUUGGUCUUGGACUUCCUGCACUUGGGCCCUCCCAUGUCAGCACAAGGCUUUGUGCACAUGGGUUUCACCCCUUCAGCCUCCGGCGACCUCCAUUUCCCCAACGGGUUUGGGAGCGUCAACCUCCCGGUCCUGGGGCGGGUCCGCUUCGGCUCCUCGCUGUCGGUUUUGGACCGGGUGAAUUCUGGACCGACGCUUCCGGCAAGGAGCUCCAUGCGCUUGGGCUCAGUUGCCUCAGCCCUGGACUUCUUGCACUUGGGAUCCCCAGCGCCUACGCGUAACUCUGGCUACAUUGGCCCCCCCUCAUUGACGAUGGGCGCCACUUGCUGCGGCUUGCCCAUGUUGCCGCUGGACUCUGCGCAGCCGGGCCUCUUGUCGCCGCUGCGAAGCCGUGCAAUGUUGGAAUCGGCUGCGCCGGCUCUGGAUCCCUUGCACUUGGGCCCCCCACCAUUGGCCCGCUCGCACGCACGUGCGGGACCUUUCCUGCUGCUGCCGGAUUUCUCCCACCCAGGGCCGCCCAUGCCACCGCAGUAUCCUGCGAGAUCGGACUCAGCAUCUUCGGCUUGUAAAACCUCGCGACUUGGCUCCACACUGCUUCUGCUGGACCUUGCAUUGCUCGGACUGCCCUCGCCGCUGAGGAGCAUUGCCUGCUCCGGCCCAGCCCUGCUGGCCUUGGACCUUUUGAGAUCGGGCUUCCUUACGCCCCUCCGAAACCUCGCUCGCUGUGGCUUUGCCAUGUCAACCACGGGCGUGACCCGCAUAGGCCCCAUCCUAUUGGCUCCGGACUCUGUGAAGACGGGCUUCACGCUGCCUCUGCGGUCCCUUACACGCCUGGACAGCCCCAUGCCCACGCCAGACCUCGCGCAUCCCGGCCCGGCCCUUCCGCUGCGGAGCCUCGCGCAGCUCGGCCUGGCGCCUUUGAUCUCCAGCAUCGGCCGUCCAGGUCCCUCGCUGCCGGCCCCCGACUCCGUGAAGCCCGGCCCCUCCUCCCCACCCCAUAGCUUGGCGCAUAUGGGCCCAGCGUCCUUGGCCUCCAGCUGCUCUAGGACGGGCAGCUUCUUGCCGGCGUUGGACCACACCAACCUGGGCUCUUCUCUGUUUUUGCGCUCUUCCACACGCCCAGAGGUCUCCGCGUUUGCCUUGGACUCUGCGCAUUUGGGGCUGUUCCCGCCUCUGAGGUCAUACGGGUGCCUGGGCUCUGUAGCGCCUACCAUGGGCUCGAGCCGCGCGGGCCCCGUGUCCUCAAUGCCUUUGUGUGACUUCUCCAUCCCGGGCUCCGUGCUGCCCUUGCGCAGCUCCGCCCGGUCGGGCAGCUCUGCGCUAGCGCUCGACCACAUCCGUCCUGGCCCGUUGCUGCUGCCGCACAGCUCGGCCAGGCCGGGCUUGGCGCUGUCUGUGGCUGGCGUCUGCAGACUCGGCUUCUUGAUGUCCCUCUUGGACCACGCCUGCACGGGCGUUGUGUUGCCGAUGCGGUCUCUCGCACGCCUGGGCUUCUUGGCGCCUGUCUUGGACUUUGCGCAUUUGGAGCCGCCUAUGCCCCUACGCUCUUCCGGCCGUACCGGUGCCUCCUUCCUGGCCUUUGGGGUUGCAAAUCCGGGCCUGAUUCUGCUGGUCCCAGACAACAUUCUGGUGGGCUCCUCGCCACCCUUGCACAGCCUUGCGUGCUGCGAGCCCCCCAUGCCGGCCUUGGACUUCCUGCAUUCAGGGCCUUUGCCGCUGAUGCGAACCCACGCGCGAGCCGGGCUGCCAUCGCCCCUGUUUGGAUUGUCUCGCGUGGGCUUCGUGUCCCCGAUGUCAAUCACUGAGCAUACGCAGCUUGGACCAGCCACGCCUUUGCGCAGUCCGGCACGCACCGGGCUGUCGGCGCCUGUCCCUGACAUGGCACAUUUCGGGUUGUCCCUGCUGCCGAGGAGUGCCGCGUGUUCAGACAGUGUGGUGUUUGCCAUGGACCAUGCUCAUUUCGGGCCUUCCCUGUCACUGCAAAGCCUCGCGCAACUUGGCCUUGCCACGCUGGCCCUAGACUUCCUCCGCCUUGAGCCUCCACUGCUGGUGCGGUCUUCUGCUCGUAUCGGCUCGGCAGCUUUUGCCUUUGGCAUUUCCAGAGUGGGCAGCGUGUUCUUACUGCCAGUGACUGAGUGCACCACCCUAGAGCCACCCCCACCUAUGCAAUCCUGUGCCCGGAUGGGCUUUGCCAUGCCAGCGUCAGACCUCCUGCACCCCGGCUCCCUCCUGUUGAUCCGAUCGCCUGGCUGCCUAGGCUCAUCGUCCUCUCCCUUUGGCGGUGCCAGGCCGGGUUUGACGCUGCUGGUCUUGGACGGUAUGGCUGCAGGCCCCCUGUUGCCUCUUCGCUCCUCCGCUCGCUUGGGUGUUUUGCUGUCGGCGCUUGACCCUGUCAAGCCCGGCUCGCCGCUUUCUACCCGUGGUUGCUUGCGUGCCGGCCCAGUGGUGCCGAUCUACGGGAUGUCCCGCUCCGGCUUUCUGUUCUCCCUCUCCGUAGUGGACUCGUGUCUUUUGGGCCCUGUGUCGUUGGCCAGGAGUACGGCCCGCUCCGGGUCCUCCGCGCUUGCGUUGGACUUCCUGCACUUGGGCUUGUCGCCCUUUGUGCGGUCCUCCUCCCACUCUGGCCCGGCAGUUUCCACCCUGGACUUCUUACACAUGGGAUCUCCGGCCUCCCCGCAGAGCCGGGCGCGCGCGGGCCUUCCCUCGCCUGCCUGGGGCCUGGGCCGCGUCGGCCCCGUGUCCCCGCCGCCGGUCCUGGAGUGCACCACGCUGGGCCCCGCGCCGCCCGCCCGCAGCUCCGCGCGCCUCGGCCCGGCGGCGCCGAUCUCGGACCUCCUGAGAUCGGGGCCCACCACGCCUCUGCGAAGCCACACGCGGCCGGGCUCCGCGACGCCUACGUUAGGCUCGGAUGUGGCACUGAGAUUGGUGGGUGCAGCUUGUGCAGAGGUGCUUCUAAGGUUUGGACUGCUGCGCUGCGGCUCUGUGUCCUCCCUGCCGGCCGGGAUCCGGGAGUCGGGCACGAGACGCUUCUUCGCUGUUCCGCAGGUGGCGGCCAGCGCCCUCCUGGGCCCGCCGUUGCCGGCCCGCAGCCCGCUGCGCCUGGGCCCGCUGAUGUCGGCGUCCGACUCCCUGCACCUGGGAUCUUCCCCGCUGCCCCGCAGCCGGGGCUCCCGGGAUGAGUCCGUUGCGAGGGAGACGGGGGAUUUCUUGGUCAGGGUGGGUCAGUCUUUGUCAGGUUUCGCAUGCCACGGAUCCGCGCCCUUGCUGCUCAAGGCAGCGAGCUUGGGCUUCUCUUUGUUUAUCUUGGACUUUGCUCAGCCGGGCCUUCCGACUUCGCCCCGCAGCCUGGCGCGCUUUGACUCGCCGGCGCCCGUCUUGGACUUCUUGCGGCCGGGGUCGUCCUUGUCGGCGCAAGCCUUCGCGCGCGCGGAGCCGGCGGCAUUUUUGUCCGGCAUGGCGCGCUUUGGGUUGGUGUCCUCCCUGCCUGUGACUGAGGGCGCCACGCUGGGGCCGGCCAUGUCCACCAGGUCCUCCGCUCGACUGGGGUCGGCGGCUUCUGCCACGGACUUUUUGAGCUGCCGGUGA